GGUGUAGGUCAAUGCCAGUCAGACUGUAGUUACUAUAAUCUUAUAAAGAACUUGGAUCUGGAUAAUAACUUAUUUGUUGUGCGCCCAACAAUGAACUGGACAAUUCCAACAAUUGUAUACGUGGACAUGUACUUACAUGCUAUUAUACACAUGGUAAGAAUCUUAUUUCUUUAUAUCUUUCUAAGUAAUACUUGGUCUGGUCAGUAGGUAUGAAAUAUAUGUUCAGCUAAACAAAAUAUAACUUUCAAUUUUAAUUUUAAGCAUCUUUACCGUUCCCUUCUUAUAUCUGUUAUAUCUUGUCACAUAUAUUAUUACAGUUAUAACAUAUAUUCUUGUUUUCCAUUCUUUUUGCUACGGAGUAAUUAAGUGCAUCAAUGAUACAAUAUCAUACGAUCUGUGUUGUUAAUUCAGUCAUUAUAAAGCACUCUACUGAGCAGUAACAAACCAUUAUCUACUCAGAAUUUAUGAGGACCCAUUUGUGUGUAUAUAUAUAUAUAUAUAUAUAUAUAUAUAUAUAGCCAAAUUGAAAGUAUAGGAUGCACUCGCAGGACUUGGUGAAAAAAAUGUAGUUUUAUUUAUUCAAGGUGCAAAACCUAAAACCAACGUUUCGACCUCUGCGGGUCUUUUUCAAGGUUACUGUAACCUUUUAAUUAGGGUAUACUAUGUUUGUUAUGUGUUUUUUCUUCACUAUUUGUGAUUUUUCUUUUCACACACUAUUCUAAUAAAAUUAAUUUUCUUUUAAUAUGCAAUAAUGCAUGGUGUAUUACCCAAGAUUUUUUAGGGUUAUAUUUAUCAAUACAUUAGUGAACUAUCUACAAAUUUCUAAAAUUCAUUCUGAGAAUUUCCCUGUUAGGAGACGCCUUAUUGUUAUUAGCCUAGUCUCUCUAGCCUACUUCCUAGGAGUUAACCCGCCCUCCCGACUAUAACAGGUGUUCCCAUUCAGAAUAUAUAUGGUUCUAUUCAUUUUCUUUUGGUAUGUUGGAUAUUAUCCCAUAUACAUUAAUGGAGCCAUGAGGAUGAACUAAAGACCUGUGUUAAGGUAAAAGAGGAAUAUAAACUGCAUUCUUACAGGGUUAUUCACUAAAGUGAGAAUCGCUAGGAGUUCAAAGUGAAUUUAAAAAUGUAGGUCAAAAUAGCUAAAUAAGAAAAAGUAAAUUCUGUUUUUCAGUUUGGCUAUUUUGGCCUUAAAUUUGAAAUACACUUUGAAUUCCCAGCAAUUCUCACUUUAGUGAAUAGCUCAGUUAGUUUUGCUUGUAUAUGUUUGUGCGUUUCUCUUUUACAGUGAAAAGUAUUCGAUCCCCUGGUGAUUUUGAACAUUUUCCCACUGACAAAGAAAUUAGCGGUCUAUAUUUUAAUGGUAGUUGUAUGUUAACAGUGGGAGACAGAAUAACCCCCCCCAAAAAAAAUCCUGAAAAAUGCAUGUCAAUAAAGUUAUAAAUUGAUUUGCAUGUCAAUGAGUGAAUGAGCAUUUGAUCCCUUCGACUUAGUACUUGGUGGCAAAACCCUUGUUGGCAUUCACAGUGGUCAGACAUUUUUUGUAGUUGACCACCAGGUUUGCACACAUCUCAGGAGGGAUUUUGUCCCACUCCUCUUUGCAGAUCCUCUCCAAAUCAUUAAGGUUUUGAGUGUUUGGCAACUCAAACCUUAAGCUCCCUCCACAGAUUUUUAUGGGAUUAGAAUCUGGAGAUUGGCUAAGCCACUCCAGGACCUUAAUGUGCUUCUUCUUGAGUCACUCCUUUGUUGCCUUGGCUGUGUGUCUUGGGUCAUUGUCAUGCUGGAAUACCCAUCCACGACCCAUUUUCAAUGCCCUGGCUGAGGGAAGGAUGUUCUCCCCCAAGAUUGGACUGUAAAUGGCCCUGUCCAUCAUCCAAUUGAUGUGGUGCAGUUGUCCUGUCCCCUUAGCAGAAAAACACCCAAAAAGCAUAAUGGUUCCACCUCCCUGUAUGACAGUAGGGAUGGUGUUCUUGGGGUCUUAGGCCCUUCCAAAACACGUCGAGUUGAGUUAAUGCCAAAGAGCUUGAUUUUGAACUACUCCAACCACAACACUUUCACCAAGUUCUGCUCUACAUCAUUCAGAUGUUCAUUGGCAAACAUCAGACGGGCCUGUACAUGUGCUUUCUUGAGCAGGGGGACCUUGCGGGUGCUGCAGGAUUUCAGUCCUUCAUUGCAUAGUGUGCUACCAAUUACAUAGAAACAUAGAAAGAUAGAAUGUGACGGCAGAUAAGAACCAUUCGGCCCAUCUAGUCUGCCCAAUUUUCUAAAAACUUGCAUUAGUCCCUAGCCUUAUCUUAUAGUUAGGAUAGCCUUAUGCCUAUCCCACGCAUGCUUAAACUCCUUUACUGUGUUAACCUCUACCACUUCAGCUGGAAGGCUAUUCCAUGCAUCCACUACCCUCUCAGUAAAGUAAUACUUCCUGAUAUUAUUUUUAAACCUUUGUCCCUCUAAUUUAAGACUAUGUCCUCUUGUUGUGGUAGUUUUUCUUCUUUUAAAUAUAGUCUCCUCCUUUACUGUGUUGAUUCCUUUAUAUAUUUAAAUGUUUCUAUCAUAUCCCCCCUGUCUCGUCUUUCCUCCAAGCUAUACAUGUUAAGAUCCUUUAACCUUUCCUGGUAAGUUUUAUCCCGCACUAUGGUCCCAGCUGCCUUGAGAGCAUUAACAAGAUCUGUAGUUCUGGGCUGAUUCCUCACCCUUUUCAUGAUCAUUGAAACUCCACGAGGUGAGAUCUUGCAUGGAGCACCAGACUGAGGGAGACUGACAGGUAUUUUGUGUUUCUCAUAUUUGCGAAUAAUCGCACCAACUGUUGUCACCUUCUCACCAAGCUGCUUGGCGAUGGUCUUGUAGACCAUUACAGCCUUAUGCAUGUCUACAAUCUUGUCCCUGACAUCCUUGGACAGCUCUUUGGUCUUGGCCAUGGUGGAGAGCAGGACCGGACUGGCCCACCUGGGGCCGGCAGACAGCUGUAUGUGCUGCCGACCGCAGGGGGAGCUGUGAUGGCCCUGUGGCCGCCAUCACAGCUCCUCCUGUGGCCGCCAGCACAGACAGCUCUCUGCCCUGCACAACUUUUUUUUUUCCAGGGCUGCUUUGUAUCCCCAGUCCGGCCCUGGUGGAGAGUUUGAAAUCUGAUUGAUUGAUUGAUUGCUUCUGUGGACAGGUGUCUUUUAUACAGGUAACAAAGCUCAUUACCUGUAUAAAAGACACCUGGGAGCCAGAAAUCUUGCUGAUUGAUAGGGGAUCAACUACUUAUUUCACUCACUGACAUGCAAAUCAAUUUAUAACUUUUUUGACGUGUUUUUCUGUUAUUUUUUUGUUAUUCUGUCUCUCACUGUUAAAAUAAACCUACCAUUAAAAUUAUAGACUGAUCAUUUCUUUGUCAGUGGACAAAUGUCCAAAAGCAGGUGAUUAAAUACUUUUUUCCCUCACUGUAAACCUUCUAUUAUACAAAUUUAUUCAGUACAGUGAGAAUUGUUUAGAAUUCAAAGUGAAUUUAAAAAAAAAUCACGUCUUAUUUUUAUUGGAGAAAGAUACACAAAUGAUACAUAGAUUAAUAAUAAUAAUAAGUAUAUAAUAAAUACAUAACAUAAUCAGAGUACACAAAACAUCCUGGCAGAUCGUAUAUCCCAAGGAAAGGUAUGCAGAUUCAGAGGCAGGGCAAAAUAUACAUUGAAUUGCAAUAUUCUUCAAGUCAUAUUACAGUUACCAUACUCUAAAUACCUAUAUAAAUACAAUUCGAUUUAUAACGUUAGUCAAUUAUAAUACAUCCUCAUAUUAUAAAAAUCAUAUCCUCAAAUCUAGAUUAGCGUUAUAACUCAACUAAAUUGAAUUAACUAUCUUUCCCAUGGUUGCACACACAAAAAAAAUAAUAAUAAAUAAAAUCAGGGAUAAUCAGAAAUGUCUUAUUGUACAUAGUGAGCAGCAGCAAUAGUCUAAUGUACACAUUUUAGUAUGUUUCCUUUUCUUUUUACUUUUUCUCUUUACCUUUUUUGAUAUCUUUUCCUUCCUUCCUCUUUUUUUCUUGAAACAAUUUUUCCCUUUUUUUCUUAAAGGAACACUAUAGUCACCUAAAUUACAUUAGCUAAAUAAAGCCGUUUUAGUGUAUAGAUCAUUCCCCUGCAAUUUCACUGCUCAAUUCACUGUAAUUUAGAAGUUAAAUCACUUUGUUUCUGUUUAUGCAGCCUUAGCCACAGCUCCCCUGGCUAUGAUUGACAGAGCCUGCAUGAAAAAAAAACUGGUUUCACUUUCAAACAGAUGUAAUUUACCUUAAAUAAUUGUAUCUCAAUCUCUAAAUUGAACUGUAAUCACAUACAGGAGGCUCUUGCAGGGUCUAGCAAGCUAUUAACAUAGCAGGGAUAAGAAAAUCUUAAUUAAACAGAACUUGCAAUAAAGAAAGCCUAAAUAGGGCUCUCUUUACAGGAAGUGUUUAUGGAAGGCUGUGCAAGUCACAUGCAGGGAGGUGUGACUAGGGUUCAUAAACAAAGGGAUUUAACUCCUAAAUAGCAGAGGACUGAGCAGUGAGGCUGCAGGGGCAUGUUCUAUACACCAAAAUUGCUUCAUUAAGCUAAAGUUGUUCAGGUGACUAUAUUGUCCCUUUAAGUUAAGUUUCCUUUUUUAGUUAAAGUAAAGUAGGUCUGUGAAUAAACCAAUUGGCCCAUUUUUUUGUAUGAAUAUGUUCUUUGCCUUUCAUGCGAUAUGCUAUUUGUUCUAAGUAGUAUAUAUCAUCUACUCUUUCUAAUACUUCUUUUAGGGUGGGCGGAAGUGGGGAAUUCCACCGUGCCGCAAUACUAAUUUAUGUUGCUAAAAGAAGAUGUAUUAUAUAUUUUUGCUGUAAAUAAAACUCUGGUAGAAAUAAUAACGUAAGAUCUGUUAUUUGUUUAAUAAUUAAAGGACCACUCUAGGCACCCAGACCACUUCAGCUUAAUGAAGUGGUCUGGGUGCCAGGUCCCUCUAGGAUUAACCAUUUUUUUAUCAACAUAGCAGUUUCAGAGAAACUGCUAUGUUUAUAAAUGGGUUAAUCCAGCCUCUAAAGCCUCUAGUGGCUGUCUCAUUGACAGCGGCUAGAGGCGUUUGCGUGCUUCUCACUGUGAAAAUCACAGUGAGAAGACGCCAGCGUCCAUAGGAAAGCAUAUUAAAUGCUUUCCUAUGAGACUGGCUGAAUGCGCGCGCAGCUCCUGCCGCGCAUGCGCAUUCAGCCGAAGAGGAGGAUCGGAGGCGGAGAGGAGGAGGAGAGCUCCCCGCCCGGUGCUGGAAAAAGGUAAGAUUUAACCAUUUCCUCUCCCCAGAGCCCAGCGGGAGGGGAACCCUGAGGGUGGGGGCACCCUCAGGGCACUAUAGUGCCAGGAAAACGCGUAUGUUUUCCUGGCACUAUAGUGGUCCUUUAAUUCUAAAGAGUUCCAAAGUUGUAGCAGGUCUGGGCACUUCCAAAAUACGUGUUCAACAGAACUUUUAUCUUGUGAGCAUCUCAAGCAAUUUGGAGAAAUAUCAACAUUAAUACAAGAAUGUUUCUGCGGUACCCAGUACCAUCUCAUCACAAUUUUGCAAAAGGCCUCCCAUUGUUUUAAACAAUGCGAAGCAGCUUAAGUGAUCUUUAUAGUCUGAAACCAUUGCUCUAAUGGGAAUAUUACUCCUCUUCCUAUUUAGACACAUUUGGAAGUUUAGUGUCUGUGCCUAUAUUGGACAGUUCUAUGUAGCAUAGAGAUAGUUACUUUCUUUUUAGCAAAUGCCCCGUACAUUUAUGCCCAAAUAGUGUUAAGUCUGUGGCAUUGUAUUUGUUUGAUUAGUAAUAAUGUGUUUCAGUAUUAGAUAUGUAAAAUUUUCCCUUGGUAGGAGAUGAAAUUCUUUUAGAAUGUUAGAAAAUGGCUUAAUGCUUAUCUACCGUACUAAUCCCCACUUUUACCCAUUGUGUAAUGGAAAGGUCUGUCGUUAUCACUGACAUUGUAACUGUCUGUAAAGGGGCUACAGUAAGUAGUUUACAGUUUCAGUGGCCAAGUGAAUUAAAAAUGUAACAACAAAAUUGCCAAACUGGAAAAAUUCUCCAAGUUAGCUAUGCUUCCAGUUCAGGUAUAUUGGUCUUAAAGGAUCACUAUAGUGUUAGAAAUACAAAUAUGUAUUCCUAACACUACGGUGUUGGACUGUUUAGAUGUCGCCACCAAAGUGAGUUAUAAGAUAGCUUAUUUACCUGAUCUCGUCAUGGCUGGCCUCGCCUCCUUGGCUAAAAUCAUCAAUCUUGAUGAUCUAAGCCAAUCCAAUGCUUUUCCCUAGAAAACCAUUGGAGGCUAUUGCGCAUGUGUGACAAAUUCUGCGCAGUGACAAUCAGCAUCUCCUCAUUGAGAUGCAUUGAAUCAAUCAAUCUCUAUGGGCAGCAUUCAGUAUCUCCAUGUCGUGCUUUACACAGUGCAGCACUGAAAUAGGAAGCACUGUGUGACUGCCACUAGAGGUGUUACUAGGCAGCAAUGUAAACACUGCCUUUUCUCUGAAAAGGCAGCAUUUUUAUUGCUCAACCUGCAUGGACAGGCUGCAGACACCAGAACAACUAUAUUGCCAAACUGGGAGUUUGUAGACACUGAAUUAAGCAUGCCAAGUAGGGCGCCUACCAUAUACACAAGUCGCAUAAGCCCAGACCAUAUGGCACCCCAGCCUCUUAACCCAUAGCUGCUGCCCAUGCCAUCUUGUUUAUACUCUUGCCUGCCACACGGACAGGCCAACACAUAAGAAAUCAGUGCCUCUAUCUUAGACAGUGGUGACAAUAGGUGACAAUAGGUGACAAUAGGCAUUACCCGCACACAGCACAACACCUAUAACAGCUCUCACCCUGAAAUGUGACCCCACACACAGAGCCUUCACCCAGAGACGUCAAUGCUGCUAAAAAUAAGUUAUGUUACAGUAAGAUAUGUUGCAUAAUGUUAUGUUAUACCUUUUCGACCACGAGAAUGUCUGCUAAUUUGCCAGAAAUUCAAUUAAAAAAAAUUACAUUCUUAAAUAACUCUGAUCGUGGUAUCAAGAAAUUGUGAAUUUUGAUUUUGCAAAAAAAAGGACAAAAUGUAUUGCUAUUUCGAUGUGACUCAUCUUCCCUUAUGUCUUUUAGGAUAUGAGUGAGCAGACUGUAACCUCAUUUAUAAGGUUUGUCAUGGUAAGAUAAUGGUAUGCAAACAUUUUUAAAUUCUCUUUUUGUGUCUAACAGCAGUAUCCUAAUGUACAUGAGAAAAAUUUUUAUAUUUUAGCACAUUAUAAAGGACUGGCACAAAGCAAUAUAAUCACUACCGUUUAAUGUGUUGGUUAUGUUGGCUGGAGUCUCUGAGCAGCACUUUCCCCGGUUUUAUGUCAAAACAUUUAGAUUUGUUUGAUAAAAACAGGGCUCUCCCAGGCCUGUUGGAGACCAUCUCCUCAUUAGCCACAGUCAUCAGUGUCAAUUUCAUCCACCCUGGAUUGCUGUGAUGUGUGCUGUUUGUAUUUAUAAUUUGCCACUUAGAUUGUUUUUUCAUACACUGAAAGUAUAGAGUUACCCCCCUCUUGGGUUUUUCCAGGAGUUACAGUGAUAACUCUAUGAAACUGUCUCUACAACAUUAUAAAACAGUAAUAAAACAUUGAAGAACCAUUCAAAUAUAUAGGGAAAUAAUAUAAAAGUAGUAAAAGAAGUGAAUUAUGUUGUCAAAAGAUAAGACUGCAAUAACAUAUUUUAUCAGAGAAAAAAAUGGCAAAAUAUAAAGGUACAAAACAGGGCAGAGAUGGAGUCCAUGGGCAUAUAAUACAUAAUUGAAAUUAAAACACUUAUUAGCAAACAAACACAACCCAGAAUACGCAAAGCCACCCUAUACGUCCCUAAAUCACAUGGUGAUCUGGGACUGACAAAUUUUACUCAAUAUUAUACCGUUGCUCAACUUGCAGCAAUCAAUGGCUGAAAUAAAGAGGUGGGUUAAUCUAGAUCACCUUAUCGUUGAUGUUGAUUACCCUUCACGCCACAUGUGGAUACGCAGGUGACAUCGUCCACUGAUGCCCUCUACUUCCUCAGCCAUCACUCACUCACUAUAAAUAAAUCAAGGACAAAUUGCCGAUUUUAAGCCAAUCAGCAUUGGAUUGGCUAAAAUUGGCAAAGUCACGGGGCCAAACACUGUUUUGUACAAUCAGCACCUCCUCAUAGAGAUGCAUUGAAUCAAUGCAUCUCUACUAGGAAAAUUCAGCGUCCCCAUGCAUAGCAUAGGGACGCUGAACGGCAGAGCUGCCUACAGAUAACUGUGCCUACCUAGGAGUGGCCACUUGGAGGUGUCCCUAGGGGCAAUGUAAACACUGUCUUUUCUCUGAAAAGGCAGUGUUUGCAUGAAAAUGCCUGCAUAUAAUUGUUAUACUCACCAGAACAACUACAUUAAGCUGUAGUUGUUCUGAUGACUAUAGUGUACCCUUCAACCUUUUUCAAAAAUGUGCAUUGAAACACUGAUUCAAAAGGUUCAAAUAUCUACUCUUUACAUAGCAUUAACGACACACUCCACACAGAUUAGAUUACCUUACAUUACUAUGUGGGAAGAGGAUUCAGGGCAUCCAGAGGAAUCCAGUGAUUGGUCGUAUAUUUGGGAGCCUACAUUGUCACUCACUAUUUGUGUUAAUCACAAAGAGCAGACUUAUAAGAUGCUCUUCCCCUAGUACCUGAAACCCUAAAAGCUGUUUAGGAUGCACGAGUCCCAACUAACCUGUGCUGGAAGGGUUGCGUUGAGGUUGUAUCCUUUAUUCACUGCUGGUGGACAUGCUCUAAUUCCCAUCCUUCUGGGUUGAAAUAACUACUUUGCUGAAAUCUCCCGUGAAUAAACCCUAUCCUUUAGAAGCAUGGGCUCUGCUAUUCUCCAAGCCCUUGAUUUUAUGGAAACAUCUCUUGAAUUUGUUUGUAGCCUACUUCGCAUAAGUGAAUAUCUCGAUUUCAAGAUGCACAGGCUACAUACUACUGAAACUUGUGUCUCCAAUGCUACCCCCUUUCCAUAGUUUUAAUUUGUAUUUAUUUAUUUUGUUUCCCUCCUCUACUUCUCCUCUUCCUCCCCAGGCAUCUCUCUCCCUCAUCUUUCCUUACCCGUCACCCUUCACCCUUAGAGAUCAAAGCUUCUUUUGAACCUCACGAGGCCUGACAAAUAUCUUAUUACUGGUAUAGGGCAAGAGUCUUUGGUGCUUAGCAUUGCACAUACCAUACCAGGUCACCCUACCUGAAACUUAAUUUCCGUGGUUGGGAACUCACAUACUUGUUUUCAGCUCUUGUUCUCCCCUCUUCACUUCUUUCCUCUGCCUGUAUUAUUAUUAAAUGUCAGGUGAUAACUGAUUGCUCACGAUUAAAUGUCAGGUGAUAACUGAUUGCUUACGAUUGGGUAGUAGGUAGUAGGUCUUAUUAACCACAGCGGGACUUGCCCAAUUGCACAAUGUUACUCACAUAAUGCAGGUUUCAUUGCCUUUCCCUGCUGUUAAUCAUUUGUCACAGUGUCACAGUAUUUACUCCUAUUGUCUGUAUUGUACAUCUGUAAAUAUAAAUAAAGAAUUUAAAAUAAAAAAACACUUAGUAACAAUAAUAAUAUAGGCCAAAUUAUACUGCAGAAUUAUACCGCAUGAUAUAAAAUAAAAAAUAUAUACAUUUUGCACUAAAUUAUUAAGCAAACAUUGUCCAACAACAUUAGGAGUCAAUGACUAUAGAAAAUUUUAGACAAUACAAAUGUUUUAUUUGUAUAUAUAUAUAUAUAUAUAUAUAUAUGUGUGUGUCCAUCUUUAUUAUUUUUAUUCUUAGACAUGGACCAAUGACUUUAUUUCGUGGGACCCUAAUCAGUAUUGUGGAAUUGAUAAAGUGAUGAUUACUGGUGAGAAUCUCUGGGAACCAGACAUCAAUGUAUUUGAAACGUAAGCCAAAGUGUUGUUUAUAUGCUGAUUGUGAUAGAUAUUAUAUAAGUGUAGUCAUAUAAUAACAUACAGUGUGUCUGUGGAUCUGGUGAGAUAGCCACAGAUCAACCACUGUUGAUUUAUGCACUUACUACAUAGUUACAUAGUUACAUAGCUGAAAAUAGACUUGCGUCCAUCAAGUUCAGCCUUCCUCACAUUUGUUUUUUGCUGUUGGUCCAAAAGAAGGCAAAAAAACCCCAGUUUGAAGCACAAUUUUGCAACAAGCUAGGAAAAAAAAAUCAUUCUUGACCCCAUUGACCCCAGAAUGGCAGUCAGAUUUAUCCUUGGAUCAAGCAGUUAUUACCCUACAUUGAAAGAUUAUAUCCUUGAAUAUUCUGUUUUUGCAAGUAUGCAUCUAGUAGCUGCUUGAACAUCUGUAUGGACUCUGAUAAAACCACUUCUUCAGGCAGAGAAUUCCACAUCCUGAUUGUUCUUACAGUAAAAAAAACUUUCCUUUGCCUUAGACAAAAUCUUCUUUAUUCCAGUCUAAACGCAUGACCUCGUGUCCUAUGUAAAGUCCGGUUUGUGAAUAGAUUUUCACACAAUGGUUUGUAUUGGCCCCGAAUAUAUUUGUAUAAUGUUAUCAUAUCCCCUCUCAGGCGACGUUUUUCUAAACUAAAUAGGUUUAAAUUUGUUAACCUUUCUUCAUAGCUGAUAUGUUCCAUUCCUUUUAUUAAUUUUGUAGCUCGCCUCUGCACUUUUUCUAGUCCCAUAAUAUCCUUCUUUAGAACAGGUGCCCAAAAUUGCACAGCAUAUUCAAUAUGGGGUCUUACCAGAGGCAAAAUUAUAUUCUCGUCCUGAGAAUGAAUGCCCUUUUUCAUGCAUGACAAUACCUUACUGGCCUUGACCACUGCUGAUUGACAUUACACAUUGUUGCAUAGUUUGUUGUCUAUAACAAUUCCCAAGUCCUUUUCAUGUGUUGUUAUCCCUAAUUUGCUUCCAUUAAGGGUAUACGUUGCUUGUGUAUUCUUUACGCCGAAGUGCAUAACUUUGCAUUUUUCAACAUUAAAUUUCAUCUGCCAUUUGAGUGCCCAGUCCCCAGUCUAUCUAAAUCCCUCUGCAGCAAAGUAAUAUCUUGCUCACAUUGUAUUAUUUUACAAAGUUUUGUGUCAUCUGCAAACACUGAAACAUGACUUUCAAUGCUGUCUUCAAGAUCAUUUAUAAACAUGUUAAAUAGAAGGGGUCCCAGAACAGACCCCUGAGGGACACCACUUGCCACCUCUGUCCAGCUUGAAAAUUUACCAUUAAUGACAACUCUUUGUACUCUGUUUUUAAGCCAAUGUUCUACCCAAGAACAAGCAUUUUCAUCUAGACCGAUUUCCUUGAGUUUGAACACUAAUCUAUUGUGUGGAACUGUAUCAAAUGCCUUGGCAAAAUCCAAAUAGAUCACAUACACGGCAACACCCUGAUCUAUACUUCUACUUACUUCUUCGUAGUAAACUAGAAUGUCAUAUUUAUUUUGGCGCAAUCUUUGAAGGGUAAUUGUGAUUGUAUUGAUGGGGUAAAAGAUCAUUGAUCCUCAAAGGGGAACAUUUUAAAUAUUAUAUUUUCUAAUCUUUAUGUUUAAAAAUAUGUAGUUGUGUGUGUAAAAUAAAAUUAAUAAAGUUAAGAAAAGGUUACAAAGGUUCUUAAGGAUGACCAAUUGGCAGCCCUACAGAUGCUCUCCGUAGGGACCCCGGACUCUGCAGCCCAUGAUGUGGCAAUGCGCCUUGAUGUCCUUGGAAACUGGCACCUUUUUCAUCCUUUAUGCUUUAGAAAUAGCCUGAACUGUCCAAGAUCGAAGAGUCAAGACAGAAACAGCUUCGCCUUUAUGAGAACCCCAAGGUAUCACAAACAAUUGAGAAGAUUUUCUCCAAGAAGCUGAACACUCAAUAUACAUGGAAAGACACCUCCUAAGGUCUAGUGUAUGACAUUUUUCUUCCUCAGGUGAAGAAGGAAUUUGAAAAUACCCCGGCAGGAUAAUAUCUUGAUUCAGAUGAAAUGAUGUAACGACCUUCGGAAUGAACUCUGGUCUUGGCCGCAGUACCACCCUAUCAUCGAAGAAGGUAGUAAACGGUUCUUCAGAUGAUAAUCCUCUAAUGUCAGACAUUUGUCUAGCUGAGACUAAAGCCAGCAACAACAGGGUCUUCAGAGAAAGAACUUGCUUAGGGACCUCACUGAUAGGUUCAAAGGGAUGUUCCGUUAAGGCCUACAGAACCAGAGGUAAAUUCCAUGGAGCUGAGAAUUUUUUGAUAGGAGAUCUAAUCCUAAUGAUAGCUUUGAAGAAGAAAAUUACUGUGGGAUUUAAAGCCCAUCGAAUUCCAGAAAGAGCUGAAAAAGCGGAACAGUGUACUUUAAGGGUGUUAAAAUGAAGGCCCCUCUCCAGGCCUGUUUGCAGGAAACCCAAGACCUGGACACGGAAGGGGAACUUAAAUCUUGGAUUGAGGAAUUUCCCCAUAGCGCAAAAGCUUCCCAUAUCUUAUGGUAAGUAGAGGAAGUAGAGGAAUUCCUAGAACGCAACAGGGUCAAGAUCACCUGGUCUGAAAGGCCUUGGUCAACUAGGGAUUGCCUUUCAAAAGCCAUGCAUGAAGUCUGAACUUGUGAGGCUCCGGGUGAAACACCAGACCUUGAGUCAGCAGAUCUUCUGAGACCGGAAGUUCCCAAGGCAGUUCCCUCGUUAAUUGUUUCAACAGAGGAAACUAAGGGCGAUAUGGCCAGAAGGGGAGUACAGCUAUCACCUUGCAAUGUUCCUUGGAGAUCUAUCUCAGAACAGUGUGGAUGAGGGGAAGAUGUAGGCUAGAUCAAAAUCCCAUCUGAUGGAAAGUGCGUCAUGAGCAACCGCCUUCGGAUGGUAUCUCUUCGAAACAAAGCACGGGGCCUGAGUGUUCCGAGAAGUCGCCAUGAGGUCCACUUGGGGAAGACCCCACUUCUGGACCAAUAGUGCGAAGAUCCACUUUAAAAGUUGCCAUUCUGAUGCUUCUAUCAGGUGUCUGCUGAGAAAGUCUGCUAUUACAUUCUCUUUCCCUGGGAGUUAGAUGUCACACAGGCCCUCCACAUGUGUCUGUGCCCAGGUCAUAAUGGGGAUAAUUUCCUGCAUCACGACUACACGCCUUGUCCCUCCUUGAUGAUUUCUAUAGGCAGCAGCCGCCUUGUUGUCCACUCUCAAUUUGAUCCAGGAAUGUUGGAUGAUGUGUUGGAAAUGAAGAAGUGCAAGAAAGGUAGCUCUCAGUUCCCUGAUGUUGGAAGGUAAGCAUUGGGUCCUUGGGGGCCAUUUUGCUUGAAAAUAUAGACUCCCUAAAUGGGCACCCCAUCCGGCUGACUGACUGGAAUCCGUCGUGAUGACCACCCAAUCUACUUCCAUCAAAGGGAACCCUUGCGAUAUGCUUUCCCAUGACAUCCACCAAAGGAGCCUCCUUUCUAGAAGAAAAGGAAUGCGGAUCAAUCUCUCCCAAUCCCUUGAGCUGUUCCUGAAAUUCUUCAGGAAAAAUUGUUGAAGAGGGCGAAGGUUCCAUUGCGCCCAUCUGACAAGCUCUAUUGUGGAGGAAAGAGUUCCUAGAAGUCUCAUGAAUUCUCUCGCCGUGGCUGAAGUCUGUAGACUGAAGCACCUUAUAUGAUCUUGAAGUAUGAUCUUCCUCUCGUGUGCGAGGGAUACUAUUGCUGUGUUGGUAAUGAAAUUUGCUCCUAGGAAUACCAGUUCUCUUUUUGGAUGCAAUUGACUCUUUUCGUGGUUGAUGAGCCACCUGACGUGAGAGAGAGUGUCGAGGACUAGCUGUCUUUGUUGAAGCAUGGACUUUAAGUCUGGAGCCACUACCAGGAUGUUGUCUACGUAGUGAAAAACAGCUACACCUUCUUUUCUGAGAAGAGCAAUGAUGGUGACCAGAAUCUUCGAGAAGGUCCUCAGGGUCUAUCGAGAUAUGCAUCCCUUAGGUCUAUCGAGAUCAACCGAUCUUCGCGAUGAAUGACAGGAAUGAUGGAACAAAUGGAUUCCAUUAAAAAUCUUCUGACUCUCAGGUAAAGGUUGAGCUGGUGGAGAUCUAAGAUAGGUCUCUAUUUCCCUCCUUGUUUCUUGAUCAAUAGGGGAGAAUAAUAUCCCUGGAAUCUUUCUCCCACAGGCACAGGAAUGAUGACAUCUUCUAGGAGGAGACUGCUGACAUAAAGAGUUAAGACCUUUCUUUUCUGGCUGUUGGUAGGAAGCCUUGUUCGAAUGAACCUUGGUGGAGGAGGAAAUUCUUCGAACUCCAGAUGAUAUCCUCUGGUGAUGAUGGAUUUUACCCAUGCAUCUAGAACGAUUUCCCAGGCCCUCUGGAAGAAUGACAGAUGUGCUCCCACUCAAGGUACCUGGAGGAAGCCACCUUCAGAAUUGCUUGUUGGGGCGAAAGGAAGAGGUCUGCGCCUUGUUCCUAGAAGACUUAAUGUUCCGACCACUCUUCCAAUUAGAAUGCCUAGUGUAGUCUCUGCCCGGUCUGUAGGUUUUAUUCUCUCUAAAAUAACCUUGAUCUCUGAAAGGUCUACGGUCAAGAUGAGGUCUCUUAGGACGUCUAUCCUGUGGCAGCAUGACCUGUUUAACAUCAGCAGCUUUUUUAAUAGCUUCAUCCAGUGGUUUUCCAAAAAGUACCUCUCCCAUAAAAGGAAGGGUACACAAAUUAUUUUUAGAGGAAAGAUCCGCUCCCCAGGACCUUAGCCAAAGUGCCCGUCUGGCGGUGACAGAAUGAGCCAUAACCUUAGAGAGAAUUCUAAUAAGGUCUGUAGAGCAUUCCAAAAGCCAGUGACUGGUGAGUUUAAUAUCCCUUAAGGAUUCAGCCAUCUGACGUCUGCUUACACCUCUGUACAGGUCUUCCUCCAAAUCAAGGAUCCAGGAACGCAAGGCUCUGGACAAAGCUGAAAUGCAUACAGCCGGAUGGCAUCCUAGUCCCGCAGUCAUGAAGACCUUAUAUAUAUCAGCAUCAAUCCUUUUAUCCAUUUGGUUCCUUUAGGGAAGCAUUGCUAUCUAUUGGAAGCGUGGAUCUUUUUGCUACCUUAAUGAUAGGAGCAUCUAUUUUUGGGACAGCUGUCCACAUUCUAGAAUCUUCCUUCUUAAUCGGAUACAACUUGGAAAGUCUUCCUUGACUAGUAAUCCUUUUACCUGGAUUAUGCCACUCGUUCCGCAUCAGAUCUUUAAUAGAGCUGUGAACCGGGAAAGAAGGUAAUUUCUUGUGUAAAUCACCAAAGUGUCUGUCAGAAGCCGAACAUUCCUUGACCUCUUCAGGUAAAUCUAAUGUUCUAAUCUGGGUGGUGAUUUUAGGAGUUAUAUAAGGGUUGUUGUCAUUAGCUUAGCUAAUAUAGCUUGGUUGCUUCAUUUAAGUGCUGCUUCUAAGUGUGUGGUUGGAUAUAUUCUGGAGAGUUUUACAGAAGCUUCAGCUGUAUAAGAUUUUACUAAGAGUUUUCUUUUCUACUGUUACAGGUAAGAUUCAUCUGUAGGAAAAGGUUACUGAUUGUACAAGGUUUGAUUUCCUGUUGGUAAUUUGGUAAGGCAUUUGAUUUGAUUAAGCUAGUUACUUGCUAUUGAUUCCGAGUUAAUUAGCUAUUGUUUGCAAAUAAGAAGAGGCCUACCCAGGUGUUAAACAUUCCUAGUGGGUGGUGAUUUUAGGAGUUAUAUAAGGGUUGUUGUCAUUAGCUUGGCUAAUAUAGCUUGGUUGCUUCAUCUAAGUGCUGCUUUUAAGUGUGUGGUUGGAGAUACAUAAUUGAGAAAAGGAAAGUAAAACAAGGAUUAGUUAGAUUAAAAACAAAAGAAGGAAGGUAUGUAGAUGAGGAUAAAGGUCUAGCUGACUGCCUCAAUUAAUAUUUUUGUUCAGUAUUUACAGAGGAAAAUGAAGGAAAGGGACCUCAGUUAGGAAAAAGAACAAAUAAGUAAUUUAUUACAUGUGAGUUUACAGAGGAGGAGGUUCUAUUUCAACUGUCAAAAGUAAAGACAAAUAAGUCAAUGGGACCUGAUGGAAUACACCCAACGUUAUUAAAAGAGCUUAGUGGUGUACUAGCAAAACCAUUAACAGAUUUAUUUAACCAAUCAUUGUUAAAGGACCACUCUAGGCACCCAGACCACUUCAGCUUAAUGCUAUGUUUAUAAAUAGGUUAAUCCAGCCUCUAAUGCCUCUAGUGACUGUCUCAUUGACAGCCACUAGAGGCGUUUGCGUGCUUCUCACUGUGAAAAUCACAGUGAGAAGUCGCCAGCGUCCAUAGGAAAGCAUUAUGAAUGCUUUCCUAUGAGACUGGCUGAAUGCGCGUCUCGGAAGAUAUAUCUGAUGUUGUGAUUUAGGACUGUUUUAUGAAUAUUUUAUCACUUAGUCAUGAACGCUGGCCAAAGUUAGCGUUUUUAUUCGUUUUUUUGCAUUUUUUUUUAAACAAACUGCACUUUUACUGGUGAUAUCAUCGUCAUAAUACGUUUUACUUUUUAAAACACUCAUAUUUGUGUUCAGCGAAGUCUCCCGAGUAUAACUGUGAUGAGAUUCCAGCAUGGUCAAAAUUUAGUAUGCUGAAAUCUCCACAUGGCAUAUGCUAAUUAGUAUCUGAUUACAAACAGUUGGAUGAGUCAUCAGUAUAUUGAGCAUAUGCAGGAAUGCAGGAACUGAAAUCACACUCCUUUCUCCUUUGUUUCGGAUGAGCCAUGUGGUCAUAUAAGGUGAUCCUGCAUAUCCUGUGUGCUGAUUGGUCUGAGGAAUAUAGGAGGGGUUAUACUGUAUGGGAGAGGAUAUGCUGCUAACAAAAGGCCUCUGAACCAUGCUUUCUGCCUCUCAGAUAUUUUUGGAACAGGAGUUCAUCUGAGACCCGAUCGGUGUGUAAAUAAAAGACCUGUUACUUCCUGAAGACUUGUGUCCAUAUCUCUAUGUGUGGCUUCUGCGGUUUGUUCCUGUUCCUCGGGUAACAUUUUUGGUGCAUUGGGUCCGGGAACCUCAUCACACGGAAGCUGGCGCAGAGAUUUGAGACGGUAAACUUUUACCAACGUUCUCCACGGCAGCACCCCUGAACUUCUGCUUGGACCUCCUUUCGUCUCGGAGCCACAGGCCUUUUGUCCAGGAGAUCAUCGGCCUUUAUGUAGUAAGUACCGGGGGGGGUGCCCCAUCGAUGAGUGUAAACCCAGGUCCAGGAACUAAAAGGUAAGACUGAUACCGUUAGAGUGGUAGGCCCACAAGGAGUUUUAUAUUUGGAACCGGUUAUUGGAUUGCCCCCUCCCUCUGGAGGGAAGAAGCGGAGGCGCACCACUUAUCUCGAAAUUAGACACUCUGUACUCAGCCCGUCUAAUAUAGGUAGUUUGGGUCAGGCUAAAUCUUGGUGUAAAUAUGCUGGACACCGGUGUCCUGUCUUGACUAGCGUGUCUAAGUGUAAAUUUCGGUCGCUAGGUUGGGGAGGCCGGCGAAACUAAGCAGAUUCUGGUGUACAUUCCGUCUGCUAGUUCUCAACCUAUCUUGGCUAAGUGUGCCCGGUUGUAUUACAUAGUUACAUAGUUACAUAGCUGAAAAGAGACUUGCGUCCAUCAAGUUCAGCCUUCCUCACAUUUGUUUUUUGCUGUGAUCCAAAAGAAGGCAAAAAAAAAAACCCAGUUUGAAGCACAAUUUUGCAACAAGCUAGGAAAAAAAAUCAUUCUUGAUCCCAGAAUGGCAGUCAGAUUUAUCCUUGGAUCAAGCAGUUAUUUACCCUUGUAAAUUCAGCCACUAGACUAUUGAUAGAGUAGAUAGACUAAAUGGGUACUGUUGUAAAUUCCGCCCACUAGUUCGCUAUAUGUGGUGCUUGGGCAGCGUAGACUAACCGAAUCCUGGUGUAAACCGAAACCUGGUGUAAAUAGUUCGAUAGUUCUCGAGGUGCUGGCCAAUUAGAGUAGUUGGGUUUGCUGUAGUUACAGAGCUACAUAGUUACAUAGUUACAUUGCUGAAAAGAGACUUGCGUCCAUCAAGUUCAGCCUACCUAAUCAAGUUCAGCCUACCUGUAAAUGUUGUAAAAUACGCUGUAAUUGGUGAAAUGUAUGUCCUGCUAGAAAGCUUGAACUCUGCCGUUUAGCGGACGUGUAAAUUGUGUGUAUAGUGUAAAAUAGCGCACGGUACCAUAACCACUGACAUGUACCAUAACCACUGACUUGUACCAUAACAACUGAUAUUACGUGAAAAAUACUAAAAUUACUGUUUAACCUUGCAUGUGUACUAACUGAUAUUGUAACUUUAAAGUCAUAAUUGUCUAAACUGUAUAAUAGUUACUAACCGUACCAUAACCACUGACUGUAGAGACAAAAUUGUUGAAAUGUUAUGCUAUCGGUUAGUUAAUGUUGAUUUAUUGUGUGGACAAUUGUAUGACUUGCUUAAUAGUUGCAUUGAUUGGUAUAUAGUGUUUGUUGAGUCUUGAUUUUACUUGUGUGUGCAACGUCGUGAUAUUGUUGAGCAUGUGAGGAUGCUGUUUGUGCGUGCACAUGUGUGUUUGGGCCUAGUAACUGUGCGAUGUGGUGCUGGUGAUAAGGAGAUUGGUAUGACUGUUCAAACUAUGUGUAUAUUUGUACAGCUUUUGAAUCAGACGUUCUGUUGAAAUCAUCUUCUGAUUCACAAGGCUGUUGGUCCUUUGUCUUGUAUGUUAAAUAAAAAAAUAAAAAAACCUGUGUAGUAGGGAGUGGCCUGUCAGGUAGGCCGCAUGGCCUCCAUGUGGCAGUUUUGACUUAAAUUUAGUGCAGGGUGUACAUGUGGCUGUAACUAGUAGGCCGGAAUUCUAUGAUCACUUUCCAUAUAUUGACUGUUGGAAACCGAUUGUUGAAAAACUGCCUUGGUGAAUUAAACUGUGUCAUGAGGAACAAUGGAGCCACAUGGUGGUCAGAACUAAGGCCUUAAUUCUACCUAGUUUGGACACCUCACCCCCUUGCAUCUGAUUGCCAACCCCCUUAUUCAUCCUCCAGAGCCAGAGUAGCCACUCCCCCACUCUUCCUCCCAAGCUAAAACUGGUGUAGCUGUUAUUUGCACUCCCCCUGCUCUAUUGUCCCCACCUACCCACAUACCUAUCUGUUACAUUGAUAUUACAUUGUUUAAUCAUCUUUAACUCUAUACUGGCAUACAACAGACAGAAGUAGGAUUGCUUACCCUAUUUUAAUAUAUUUAUUGCUAUAAGGUUUUAUUUUAUGUAUAAAUAUAUUAAAAGUUAAGUUUUAUUAUUAGACCCAUAAAGAUUAUUUUGAUACAAUUACUUACCUUCUGGUGACACCUACUGGUAGGUUUUUGGUUUAACACUUUUUUUAUUUUUUUCAUCCACCAAAUGCUGGCUAGUAAAAUUAGGUCACCCCCUUCCACCUAUCUUACUACUCCCAGACCGGAACCUAUUACUGAGCAGCCUUGCCGAAGUCCCAUACUAACCCGACAAUUGACUGGCACCCUUCCGACAUUGCCAAAUGCCCCUCUGACUUACACCGGGCCCAACAUACGUUGAUGGAAAUAGCCAAAUAAAACGGGCAGAUCCAGUGUUUGUCUAUGUCCCUUCACCACAACUGAUCUAUUCAAUUGGAAGACUCAUAACUCUUCGUAUACCGACAAACCUCAAGUCAUGACAGAUUUGGUUACCUCUAUUAUACAAACACACAAUCCCACCUGGGCCGAUUGCCAGCAAUUAUUAUUAACUUUAUUUAAUUGUGAGGAAAGGACCCGGAUUAAUCAAGCGGCUAUUAACCCCUUAAGGACACAUGACAUGUGUGACAUGUCAUGAUUCCCUUUUAUUCCAGAAAUUUGGUCCUUAAGGGGUUAAAGCGCUUGAGGAAACGGCCUGUACUCAAAAUCAGGCCAAUCCAGCUGCAUGGGCUGCAGCCCAUUAUCCAAAUGUUGACCCAAAUUGGAAUGUGAAUGGUGCUGACAUGCCCCAAUUAAGGGCUUAUCGGGAAGCCAUUAUUGCUGGAAGAAGGCAAUCAAUAUAUCAAAGACGGCUGAGAUGUUGCAAAAGGUUGAUGAGUCACCUAGUGCCUUUUAUGAAAGAUUAUUGGAGUCAUAUAGAUUGUAUACUCCUCUUAAUCCAGAGGCCCCUGCGAAUUCUCGAAUGAUUAACUCAGCAUUUGUCAGCCAGGCCCAAGGUGAUAUUAAAAGAAAAUUGCAAAAGUUAGAGGGAUUUGUAGGGAUGUCCAUAUCACAGCUAAUGGAGAUCGCAAAUAAAGUAUAUAUGAAUAGGGAAACUGAGACAAAGCAUGAGGAGGAACGUAAGAUGAGGAAGAAAAUAGACAUGUUAGUGGUAGCUAUUUCAGGCGUAGCUAGAGAAGGAGGGGAGAUGAAUAGAGGAGUUGAGAAUAGGAUCUCUAAUCCACCAAAUUUUAUUGAUAAGUUUGGAAAUCUAUUUGGGUUCAAAAUACAUGGUACAGAAGUAGGUCCAGGGACCAUAAUAUAUGUAGGACUUGAAACUGAGAUUACAGCUUCUCAGACUCAUCAGGUUUUGCAUUCCUUCUAUGAGGAGAUGAGUGUUGAGGAUAAAAUUCCCCAUAAUGUUACAUAUGACAUCUAUCAUAGGCCAUGUAUGUUUAGCUAGGAAAGGGCCAUUGUAUACCACACCUGUUGGCAAGUUAAUAUGUCUAGGACAGAAAGCCUAUAAUGCCGAUACUAAAGAUACUACUUGGUGGUCAGCUUCAAAUGUCUCAGAGUCUACUAAUCCGUUUACCAAUUACACCCAUUUAAAAGAGGUAUGGUUUGACUUAUCUGCUACAUCCAAUUGGAAAGCCCCAGCGAAUUUAUAUUGGAUCUGUAGUAAGAAAGCAUAUUCAGAGUUACCACAAGAUUGGGAGGGAGCAUGUGUAUUAGGUAUGCUCAAACCAUCCUUCUUCUUGUUGCCAAUUGAGACAGGAGAGACAUUGGGAGUUAAGGUUUAUGAUGUGAAUCAUAAAAAGAAGCGAGCAUCCUUGAAUAUAGGUAGUUGGAAAGAUGAGUGGCCUCCCCAACGUAUCAUAAAUUACUAUGGACCUGCUACCUGGGCUGAAGAUGGUACUUAUGGAUAUAGAACCCCAAUAUAUAUGCUCAACCAUAUUAUAAGACUACAGGUGGUGGUUGAGAUUAUCACCAAUGAAACAGCGCAAGCACUUAAUCUUCUAGCUAAGCAAAAAACUCGGAUGAGAUCAGCCAUCUAUCAAAAUAGAUUAGCUCUGGACUACUUAUUAGCAGUAGAGGGAGGUGUAUGCAGAAAGUUUAAUCUUAGCAACUGUUGUUUGAACAUAGAUAAUGAAGGGCAGGCAGUGACUGAACUUACAAGCCACAUGGUUAAACUUACGCAUGUACCGACUCAGGUCUGGAAUGGGCAUAAUCCUAGUAGUUGGUUUGGAAGUUGGUAUGAGCAGCUUGGAGGGAUUAAGGCGUUAGUAGGAGGAGCAAUAUUCAUUAUAUUCUUAUGUCUCUUUCUGCCCUGCCUAAUUCCAUUAGUGGUCAGAUCUAUACGUAGUAUCAUAGAGAGUACUCUAGAAAGAAAGACAGCUGUUCAUGUAAUAGCUGUCUGGAAGUAUGAACCUCUAGCCCAGAGAGAGAACAUAUUCAGGAUGAGGAAUGCUGAAGGAGUUUGUGAUGAUGCUAAGAUGCUUACAAGGUCUGCUCUGGUCCAUGGCUACUUGAGUGGUGUUGGCAAAUUAUGGUUAGUGAUGCAUCUGGAAUAAUUUUGUAUCAGAGGCAUCAAAGGGGGGAAUGUGAUGGGAUUCCAGCAUGGUCAAAAUUUAUUAGGCCGAAAUCUCCACAUGGCAUAUGCUAAUCAGUAUCUGAUUACAGACAGUUGGAUGAGUCAUCAGUAUAUUGAGCAUGUGCAGGAAUGCAGGAACUGAAAUCACACUCCUUUCUCCUUUGUUUCGGAUGAGCCAUGUGGUCUGCCCAUAUAAGGUGAUCCUGAAUAUACUGUGUGCUGAUUGGUCUGAGGAAUAUAGGAGGGGUUAUACUGUAUGGGAGGGGAUAUGCUGCUAACAAAAGGCUUCUGAACCAUGCUUUUUGCCUCUCAGAUAUUUUUGGAACAGGAGUUCAUCUGAGACCCGAUCGGUGUGUAAAUAAAAGAUCUGUUACUUCCUGAAGACUUGUGUCCAUAUCUCUAUGUGUGGUUUCUGUGGUUUGUUCCUCCAGUAACAUAACAAUACCCCCCCUUCUCCCAUGUAAAGGUGUUAUGGUGUUUUGGAAAGUUGCGGGGUUAAAUAUAGGGUUUGCCAAUUAAAUUCUCUGGGCUGCCUGCCUGGUUGUCAGGCAGGUCCCUCAAAUUAUAAUUAAUAAAAUCAAAUAAUUAUGUAAAUUUAAUAUAUAUUAAUAUAUAUAUAGUUAAUACAAUGCUAAACACAAAUCUGCACACCAGUCAAGCCAUAAGACUUGCUUUUUCCACAGAAAUCACAAAUUUGCAGUGUUGUUACUACCGCAAAGGAUUCUGGGUGGGCAUAUGCAAAUUAGUUUAACAAAGAAUCACAUUUUUGCCUCAUUCCAUUUUAAACAUGGAUUCCUUUGAGUCUGUGUUUGCUGUAUACAACAGCUUUGAAACACAACUUAGGAAAAGAUGCAAAGCCAGUGAACCACUCAUGGACAACUGUUUCAUUGUUAAUGCAACUCAUCAGCAUGAGGUUGGUAAUUGGUUUGCUAUUGAGACUUGGUAGUGCUUGGUAAGCAAAAAUGAAAAAGGUUAUGGUGAGAGAAAACCCCUUCCACCUGAAGUCUGUGGAUAGUUAACAUGGAUUCCUUUGAGUCUGUGUAUACAUGUGUGUGUGUGUGUGUGUGUGUGUGUGUGUGCACUGAACAAAAUUAUAAGACUUUUCCCAUGUACACAAAAGGCCUAUUUCUCUUAAAUAUUGUUUACAAAUCUGUGUAUAUCUGUGUUAGUGAGCACUUCUCCUUUGCUGAGAUGAUUAGACAGCAUGAUUAUUGCACAGGUAUUUUUUUUUUUUUAAAGGCAGAUAGGGUUUUCCUCAGAAGACAUAUUUAAAUGUAUAACAAAAGUAAACUAAAACUGAUUUAUUAUGCUAAAGUAAUUUCAGUGAUUAUAGUUGUGACGGAGCUCUCUGUACCCGUGGCUCGGUACCUCCGCCAAGGAUUGCUUCAUAGCUGGUACAGGGGGAAAAUUGCAGCACUUCUGCCCACAGUGGCUUGACUAGGGCCCUGGAACCGUUCCCUCCUGGAGCCUAAUGGGGAACUCGCUCUAUCCACCCCCAGGCACUGGACAACACUCACUCCUGGGAGCCCUAGUUCUUACAAGGACUUUCCCCGUUGAAUCCUACAAGCUGGAACAAGCUGGAACAGUUAUUAGCCAUUUCCCCUCCCAGUAACCAGAUGACACAUAGUUCUGGAAUAUCUUUAUUGGCAGCCACGACUGGCCUUAUAUGCAGGUCCCCAUGGAAGGGGCACUCCCAUGGACCUGAGAGUAGACUUCAGUAAAAAUAUACACACAAUUACAGAUAUACACACUCAGGUCCAGGACACUCCAACAUAAAACAAGAUAAUCCCUCCUCUGUGUCUGGGAGAUAAUUGAGUCAAGCACUGUAUUAAACUCAAUUACCUACAGGCGUAAAAAUAAUCACAUUUCCUAAACACCCCAAAAGUACCUUAAAAUACAUAAAGCCCCCUAAAGUUACAUCCACUGAUAGCCCCGAUCUGGAUGACCAACAUAUCCAAAAAUCACCCAGAUUGGUUCAGGGGUACAGGAUUUUCCUGGAAGUCAUAAUUUGACUGACCGCACCCAGACGAAUACUUAGAACACUGCGGUGGAAAUUGCUACAAAGUACCAAUUAGGCUUAACAAGCUCCAGGGUGGUCUCCGGUUCGUGCGGCUGUUUGAUUCCCGAACCAUAUAGUCCAAAUACAUUAAUGGAGACUUUCACAUCACAUUUUUCAGGGUUCAUAGACUGUGGGCAGGAAGCUGGCAAGCAGGCUCCUCCAGGAGCUCGUGGCAAACUCACUUGGAAAGGGGAGUUUGUCACAAUAGUGUCCCCUUAAGUAAACGUAAAUCACACAUUUGAUAUUCAUCAACAAGUUAACAACUGGCAAUAAUCCAUUAGCGAUGUUGAAUUAAUCACAAUCUUGUUGUUCCAAUUAUUUUUGUUUUAGUUUUCUAUUUUUGUUAUGCAUGUUUAGGCAUUCAGGAUAUUGAUGACAUACCAAACAAGAGUAAAUGUAGUAAGAACAAUGCAAUCAUGGUAAAAAACAUGUCAUAGGACACUUUUUAGGUUAAAUAGCAUGAGUGAAAUAAGCAUGUCUCUCUAUGAGGGUAAUUAAAAGGUUGAUAAACAGGAUUGUGUAAGAGUAUUACAUGUUACUGUCUUAACAAUUUGGUGAUAACAGGUCAACAUAAGAGAUAGUAAGAUCAGGCUAUAAGUGGCUGUAACCCCCAGGCAAGGGGGGGAGUAGGGGGAAAAUGGCAUUCCAAUAAUUUUGAAUACCACUUUGCCAUUCUCAGUGAUUAUUAUCGGUGAUACAGUGCACUAUAUAUGGUGCAUCUCUCAAGAACACCCUUGCAAAAUUUGGGUUGAAACUGCAGUUUAAAAUUAGGGGUAUGCCACGCUCUAUAUAACAGCAACCAUAUACUGUUAAAUAUCAGACUCUGUACAGGUUCUUAAACAGCUAUUUGAUAAAUACUUGCAAAAGCAUAAUAUACAGGGAUAAUAUUUUUAAUCAGUGGGGUAAUAGAUUCUUGAUCCAGGAAGAUAUCUGACUGCCAUUAUUGGGUCAAGAAGGAUUUUUUCCCUAGUUUGUUGCAAAAUUGGAAGCUCUUCAAACUGGGUUUUUUGCAUUCCUUUGUAUUAACAGCAAAAACAAAUGUGAGAAAGGCUGAACUUGGUGGACAUAAGUCUCUUUUCAGCUAUGUAACCAUGUAAUUAUGUAACCUGCAUUUAAAAGCCAAAUAGAUUGGGGCCCAUGAUGAGUGAUCACAAUGGGAGUUGGUUAAAAUAAUACCAUUACCUUGUUAAUUGUCUUAGUAGUCAGCUAAAACAUGAAAUUAUUGGCAAUAGAUCCCAAGUCAAUCAUCGAGCCAGGGAACCAAUCUAAGUCUAUUGUUGGACUGUACUCACUACUUUUACAGAGACUGCCUCCAGCCCUUCCACAUGGUAUGGAAUCAGAAUUCUGCAACAGUUUGUCACAGCAUUUCAAGGCCUGAGCAGUCUCUAUAACAGUAUUGCUGAAUGCCUCAUUCUUGAGACAUCUAGCUGUAGCCUGGGACAUGCUUUAAUCAGCAUCUUUAAGAUUGUACGCUCAUAUGUGCAGGGCCCUCUUUACCUCCUGUUCUCAUGUGUCAUACAUGUUUUGUUACUUAAAUGUUCGUCUUGUUACCUAUUGUACAGCGGUGAAGAAUACAUUGGCUCUAUAUAAAUAAUUGUACUGGGUGUUCCACUGCAAACAGUAAUGAACUGUAGGAAAUAUAUUAAAUGACUAUAGCAGGAAUGCCUUGCUUAAAGGGACACUGUAGGCACCCAGACCACUUCAGCUCAUUGAAGUGGUUUGGGCACAAUGUCCUAUCACCCUUAACCCUAGAGUGGUAAUUAUUGCAAUUUUUAUUAACUGCAAUAAUUACCUGCUAGGGUUAACUCCUCCUAGUGCCUGUCUACCAGACAGCCACUAGAGGGAUAUUCGGGCUCGAAGGCGACUUUUGGUCGCUUAAACAACGCUGGACAUCCUCAGGCUAUGCAUGAGUACGUCCAGCGUCACCAAAAUCUCAAUAGGAAAGCACUGAAUAAUGCUUUCCUAUGGGGAAAUCCUAAUGCAAGUGCAGCCAUUGCCACGCAUGAGCAUUGGUCUCCCCUGCCAGCUGACGUUGGUGGGGGAGGAGCAUGGGCGGAGUUGACAGAAGGUAAGUGAUUAUUAAACCCUUCUGCACCACGGGGGAAGGGAGCAUUGACCAAGAGGGAAACUAUAGUUUCCGUUUAAUAAGAGGAGGGCUGGUGCAACACCUUUUUCUCGUUGUUUUUAAUGCAACCUCAGCCCAUCCAGGUAGUUUAUGACAUAUACCCUUUGUCCAGCACAGUACUAUUAAGUCUCCUUUACAGGUUUCCAAGAUGGAGCUAGUCACAAAGCUGAACUAAGCUCUUAUAAGCAGCUGCUCUCUUCCUAGGCAGAAGUUUUAUUCAUUUGAUGAACUGAACACAACGAGAAAGCCAGGAUUGUCUGAAAGAUAGUCUGCUCAGUUGUCGGGGAAGAGUUUAUUGCAAAAAGCUUUAAAACCUGCGGAAUACCAGCAAAUAUAAAAUAAACUUUUUUUUAUUUAAAAUGUUAGUAUGUUUUUUACAUUCUAUAUCAGGGAUAGGCAACCUUUUGGUAGCACUUAUGGUCCCGACCCUAUAUUAUUGAAAUAAAGUUUAUGUAUGUUGAUAAAUUCUUGAGUUAUGUAAAGGUGUGGAGGAUAGUUUGUAUAGUUGUACAUGUGUGGAGCUUUAGAUAUGUAUGUGAGAUGUCUGUGGUGUUAUGUGAGUGUACAUACGUGCUGUGUAUAGUGUUGUUUUUUGUAUUGUGUGGAUAUUGUUUGUAGGUUGAGUUGCCACCUUUCUUGGAAAAAAAUACCGCCCAUGCUAAUUUGCAUAAUCAAUUAGUGUAGAUUAGAUUAUCCUUUUUAGUCCCGUAGACAAGAUGCCAAAAUACCAGAGUAUUUCAGUAUGCAAUGAUACCUUUUAUUGGACUAACAUAGACAAGCUUUCAAGAGUUUUCCUCUCUUCCUCAGGUCUGAAGCAAUACAGAUCAAUCUGAUAGAGUUUAACACUUAAAACAACUGAUGUUAGAGGAGGGGAGGGAACGGGGUGUCAUAAAUAGCAGAAGAUGUGCCUGGAAGUGAAAGGUGCAGGUUGGCUGAGAAUAGCCAGAGAAGGUAAAUAAACAGAGGAGAGUCAAUAAGCUUGACGGACGACGGACCCGGUCCAUCAUGCUGGGGAAGCACUUAACGACGGAUGACGGACCUGGUCCGUCAUUGCGCAAAAAUUACCCCAGAUCGCCGCCAUCGCGGCUAUCGCGGGGUUAACCUGCCCACGAUUGCACUGUCCCUGCAGCUGUAAUUACUCCUGGUCCGCCUCCCUGCACUUCCGCGUUCAGUGUGAAGUGUAGGGAGACGGAUCAGUGCUGGACGGAUUCUCCCUGCAAAAAAACCCCACAAAAGUUAAAGUUAAAUACCACCCCCUCUCCCGUGUUUUAAUAAAAGUAACCCCUUCACUGACAUUUGAUCACUGACUACAGUGACCAUACAUAUAACACAUAUACAUAUACAACAGAUAAUACACUUUGUAUAGGAUAAAAUAGUGCCUGGUUACAUCAAUAUAUUAACACCAAUAUAUUAUGUGAGAAAGCACAGAGUAGUGCAAAGAUAGAGGUGAAAUAAACGUGAGGUAUUAAAACUUUAAAAUAUUGAUACAAAAGAAUAAUAUAUAACUUGUAUUUGUUACUAAAUGACCUUAUAAAAUACUAUUUAUCUCAAAGUCAAUGUUAAGACCCAUAGGUGUUAGGGUGCUCAUUUCAAAGAUCCAUUUUACAUCUUGGGUACUCAGUUUUUGGGGGAGAUUUCCUCCCCUCCAGUGCAAUCUCACUUUCUUUCUUUAUAGCACAGAAUUCUAGGGAUUUUGGAUCUGAUCCAUGUUUCUCUAGAAAAUGUUUGGAUACACUGUGGUUUGUGAAUCCUUUCUUUAAGUUCUUUAUAUGUUCACCCAUUCUGGUAUUUAUGGGUCUUGAUGUCUUUUCUAUGUAUCGAUAUCCGCAUGUACAGUUAAGUAAAUAAAUUACAUUGCUCUUAUGGCAUGUAAUCAAAGAUUUAAUUUUGAAUAAUUUUUUUGUAACGGAUAAACUAAAUACUGUUACAUUUUUGUUCGAUAUGUCUGUAUUUUUACGUGCAUUACACAUACCAUAGUGAAAAAACUUUUUGACUCCUUGACCAAUUAAAUAAAAAAUUAUUAAUUGUUAUCCAUGAUUCAUUUUCCUAGAAAACUGUUCGUUAAAAUUUGUUUAAAAUGUUUUGCCCCCCCUAAAAAUGUUUCUUGUAGUUGGCCACCAGGUUUGCACACAUCUCAGGAGGGAUUUUUUCCCACUCCUCUUUGCAAAUCCUCUCCAAGUCAUAAAGGUUUCGAGGCUGACGUUCCCUCCACAGAUUUUCUAUGGGAUUAGGGUCGGGAGACUGGCUAGGCCACUUCGGGACCUUAAUGUGUUUCUUCUUCAGCCACUCCUUUGUUGCCUUGGCUUUGUGUUUUGGGUCAUUGUCAUGCUGGAAUACCCAUCCACGACAAGUUUUUAAUGCCCAGGAUCACCCAAGAUUUGACGGUACAUGGCCCCGUCCAUCGUCUUUUUGAUAUGGUGCCGUAAUCCUGUCCCCUUAGCUGAAAAACACCCCCAAAGCAUAAUGUUUCCACCUCCAUGUUUGACAGUGGGUAUUGUGCUCUUGGGUAUUGCAGCAUUCCUUCUCCUCCAAACACGUUGAGUUGAGUUGAUGCCACGGGGCUCGAUUUCGGUCUCAUCUGACCAUAACACUCUCACCCAGUUCUCCUCUAAAUCAUGUGGAUGUUCAUUGGCAAACUUCAGACGGGCCUGUACAUUUGCUUUCUUGAGCAGGGGGAUCUUGCAGGCGCUGCAGUAUUUCAGUCCUUCAUGGCGUAGUGUGUUUUUCUGAGUGACAAUGGUCCCAGCUGUCUUGAGAUCAUUAGCAAGAUCCAGCAAUAAACAAAAUAGUCUAGUACCCCCUGAGUGAAGAUAUCACAACAGGGGUGGCCAGUAUGAGUGGCACCCUAUCACUCUGGGCAUGAACCCUGGAAACAUUACUAUAAAAAGCAAAGUGAGGAAAUCUUUAUCAAAGAAAUUCAUCUAGGGUACUGAUGGAUGAGAGGCUGAAGUAAAUAAGUACUAGUAAUAAUAGUUAAUAAUAAUAGUACAUAAUGAGGAAAGUAUCUAACAUGUAUAUCGAGGCACAGACUUUCAUUAAAGUUGAAAAACUAAUAGGCUUUAUUAUAAUUGCCAAACAUGUAUUAGGCACAAAUUAUCCCAACUAUAUAAAUAAACAUUGCUUAUAAGUAAUAUGCUCAAACAUGGUUGGUAGCAUUGAACACCUUCUACAAAUGAGCCCAUAGUCUCUAAUAAUGUUUAACUCUAGGGUAUACUGGAUCACUAUUAUAGUGAUAUCUAGUAUCAGCUAAGAAGGCUAGAUAUUCCCUAAGACAUCUUCAUGGAUGUCAAUUAGGCUAAAUUCCCCCUAGCUCUACGUGGUUCCAAGAGUAAUAUCUAAAUACUAUUUGCAGCUACCUUGGCUAGAGAUUCUCUGAGCUCCUCAACAGUCUCCAGAGAGACUAAUUAUCCCUAUAGCUGUGAAUGGAAAAGGCUUCAGGCGCCUGCCACUGUACCCCACACUCCCAUAUAGCUCUUCCUCAUUAUGGAUUAAAUAAAAAUCAAAGUGAAACAAAACGUGAUCAAUCAGUGCAUAGUGCUAUUUGAAAAAAAUUCCAGACGCGCGUUUCGGUGCUAUAAUGGCACCUUCGUCACUUGAGGAAAUUUGAGAAUGGCAGUCCCUGGCUUUUAAAAGACUUUAGAGUCCACCUUCAUUUUCCUUAUUAGCCAAUCAUACCUUAUUGGAGUCUUGAAGCUCAGCUGAGCCACAUCCAGCUAUCAGGCUUCCCCGAUGUCAUCAUUUUCUAAACAUACACCCGGGACCUCGCUCUCAGAGAACAAUAUUUUAUCUUGGACGAAACAAACAGGAACAUAUUUUACUGAUGAUUGUAUACAUUUCAUUUCUCAGAUGCAACUCUCCUAUCUUAUAAUGUUGAAACACUAUCUGAAUAAAUCCUCUAAGUAAAAUCUAAGGUUAAAAAGGUACAAUUCCAUCAAUAUAAAUUCUCUUGUAAAAUAAAGUAUCACUGUAUGAUUGCAUGAUUUGCAUGACUGCUGAAUGCAUGAUUUAUUCACAUUAGAUCAUUAUUUAGUAUAGUUUGAUUGCAGUCACAAAAAGUGAAGGUAAUAUUUUCUAGUCCUUGGAUUCAUUUUCAAUUAUGUUUGUGUUAAGUGACCACUUUGUGUUGUUUCAGGGUUUAAAAAUGUUAAGUGGAAAUAUUAUAGGAGAGAGUCCAAUAGAUUGGUAAUCUCUAUAUUGCAACCAUCAAAGGUUGAAAGACAGGGGAUAUGCUUAGUGAGAGUCUUAUCUACUAAGUAGUGGAUUGUGAAAUGCAGAAUUGACUUCUGUUUAUUAUAGACAAGUCAGUUUCUCCAUAUGCUGUGUUUCAGUCUCACCAUAUCCUCAGGAGAAAACGCUAGAGCUAAAUGUUAAAGGUUUAUAGCUAAAGAAAUGGUAAGUGGCUAAUACAAAUAUAAGUAGAAAUAUAUAUAUAUAUAUAUAUAUAUGUGAACACAUUGAUUCUUUGUGGUAAUUAUAAUCAGCCAACAUUUUUAAAUUAAAGAUCAUUAUUAAAUGCAGAGUAUGUGAACCCUUUGUUUAGCCCAAGUGGAGAGAGUGUUCCCAGAUAAUAUAUCCAGAAGCACUCCCUCCUCAAGAGGCGUUUAUUAAAAUUGCCCUUUCUUUGGUCGGUGUUACCAGUUAAAUGCCUUGGAAUUUCAGUCCAUUAGGGGUUGCCCUGGUGUGUGCAUUUAACAUGUCAGGAUAUUGGAGUUUCAAUUUUCCUGAUGGUCUUUACUGAAUUCACAUGCUCUAAAAGGCGUCUUUUAAAGGGAUGAAAAGUUUUGCCUACAUACAUGAAGCCACAUUGGCAGGUUAGGAGAUAUAUUAGACCCUUUGUACCGCAGUUGAAAAAGGACUUCACUGUAAACUUUUCAUUAUGUUUGCUAUUUUCAAAGUAUUUUGAAUCUUUUGAGAUUAAGGUGCAAGCUUUACACCGUCCACAUUUAUAUGUCCUUUUCAAUUUGUUGGACAGCCAUUGUGGUGGUGUACUUGCUCUUUGGAAGUGAAUGUGUACUAGGAGAUCUUUUAAGUUUUUUCCCCUCCUCGCUGUUAUAGCUGCAUGGAGGGGGAUUACAUUCUUAAAAUGUUCAUCCUGUCUGAGGAUGGGCCAGAAUCUGUCCAUAGUGCUUUUUUCAUUUUCCCUGCCCGAAUCAUAAAACUCCAAUUUGUCACAAUCAGAGACUAAGACCUUAAAAAGCUUACAACAAAGAAAAUAAAUAACUAUAAAACCAUCUGAUAAAGGUGGCAAUAUUGUGAUACUAAGCACUGCUCAGUACCUACAAACGACCAAUAGGAUUCUCUCUGACAAUUCCACAUAUAAUGUCCUUGAAUCUGACCCAACCAUAUGUUUCUUGAGUAGGCUGAAAUUGAUUCUGCAGAAGGGUCCUGACAAUAAACUCAUCUCCAAAGGAGAGUAUGACUUUAUUCUUAAUCAACACCCACGAAGAGCCACUUUCUAUGGCCUGCCCAAGAUACAUAAAAAACACCCAUCCCUAUCUGGCAGACCAAUAGUGUCAGGUAAUGGCAACCUGACACAGGAUAUAAGUGUCUACAUUGACCAUAUCUUAAGACCUCUGGUAGUUAGGUUGCCAUCUUAUUUAAGGGACACCAAGCAUACCCUGACAGUAUUGGCAGAUAUACAACUACCUCAGGGGUCACUGCUAUGUGGUCUCGAUGUUGAAGCACUUUACAGCUCUAUCCCUCACCAUUUAGGUCUGAAACGUGUACAAUUUUUCCUUUCCAAAAGAGUUCCACAGCUAAACAAUCACAAUCUAUCUGUGACUGAUCUAUUAUAAGUUUGUACUGAUGCAUAAUUAUAUUUUGUUUGAUGGCAAAUACUUCCUCUAGGUGCAAGGGAAUGCUAUGGGGAUGGCUUGAGCCCCCUCGUUUGCCAACUUGCACCUGGGAUGGUGGAAAGAGAAAGUUGUUUUCACUGAUCAAUUAGCCAAUUUCGUGCCAAAAACACACACCUGGAAGCGUUAUAUAGAUGACGUACUGGUUGUCUAUCUGGGGACAGGUGAUGAAUUCCUAACCUUUGUGCAAUUUACUUUGUCCUAACUGCUUAGUCGAUCUCUUCCCAUUCCCUAUAAAAUUAACAAGGUCCAUGUCUGUGAAAGAGAAGGCAUAUUAUUUGCAACAAUAUAUCUAUUUAGAGAUUCAUCUCUUUAGACCUUUUCGUAUCCACUCUUUUGGAAUUGAGAGUUUUUCUAUCUUGCUCUGCUAUAUCAGCUUGCACUUCUUAUUUAUAUAGUUGGGAUAAUUUGUGACUAAUACAUUUUUGGCAGUUAUAAUACAGUCUAGUUUAUCCACCUUAAUGAAAUUCUGUGCCUUGAUAUACAUGAUAGAUACUUUCCUCGUUAUGUUUCAACUUGGUGCAGGAAAGAGGGUUUUGUUUUUUUAGAGCACUGGGCACUUUAUUUUUGCACUUGGGUAAACUAGUAGUAGGGGGGGAGGGUCAAAGCAAUCUAGAAAAUGGAGAUAGGAUAAAAAAAGGAGAUAAGCUUUAGCUCAGUAUAAGGGUGGAGAUGGGGGAGGUGAAAGCUCAGAACAGAGGAGGUAUGUAAUAUUCAUGGAAAUUCGCAAAAAAGUACAAAUGACUCAUGAUAAUAUUAAAUGUAUACUUACUAAUGCAAGGAGCCUAUAUAACAAAAUGGGGGAACUAGAGACAAUAGCAUACGCUAAACAAUAUGAUAUAAUAGGCAUAACAGAAACAUGGUGGGAUUAGACACAUAACUGGGCAGUUAACUUAGUUACAUAGUUAGUUACAUAGUUACAUAGUUGAAAAGAGACUUGCGUCCAUCAAGUUCAGCCUUCAUCACAUGUUUUUGCUGUUGAUCCAAAAGAAGGCAAAAAACCUAGUCUGAAGCGCUUCCAAUUUUGCCACAAACUAGGAAAAAAUUCCUUCUUGACCCCAAAAUAGCAGUCAGAUUUUUCCUUGGAUCAAGCAGCUAUUACCCCACUAAUCAGAAAUUAUAUCCCUGUAUGUUAUGUUUUUGCAAGUAUUUAUCCAAUUGCAGUUUAAACAUCUGUAAUAACUCUAACAAAACCACCUCUUUAGGCAGAGAAUUCCAUAUCCUUGAAAGAAGAAAAUGUAAACCGCGCUUUUAAAAAUGUGAAUAAUACAUACAUAUACUUGUAGGUAAUUCCAAUGAGUUUGAAAUCUCGGAAUAAAUAAAAAUAAAAGAAAUAAUAGUGCAGUACAGUAACAAUAAAUAUUAUGAGAUGGUGAUUGUAGCUUGUAAUUCAGUCCACUCACAUUUGUAUGAGCUAUAACAGAGCUCAGCUGUAGUGCGCUUGGACGGUAUAAUCCCCGUCUUAGGAUAUGAUGUUCCAAUUGGUCCAGAUAUUUCGAAGUGCAGCAUGUGUAAUAAAAACAAAAAUAGCAUCCAAUAGUGAAGUAAGUACUAUUAAUAAAAUUAAUAAAAAUUUGGUAACGUACUUACAAUUUUCUGAGCAUGUAACUUGCUCUAGUAUGAACAGCUUAGGUGGUAUAAUCCCCACCAAUGAUAUGCAGAAUCCAGGAAGUAAAAAAUGGAUAUAAAAGUAACUAAUUAACAGUAUACUUUAAUAUAAAACAAAACAUAAUAUCAACAUAAAAUAUAUAAAAGAAAGUCCACUUGACGCGUUUCGCCCGGUAGGCUUCUUCAGAAGUGUGAUAGGAGCUUCCUCUGGGUUCCGUUUUUAUGUGGUCAUAAAUUUUUGAAAAUACUUCCUGGUGUGCUUCUUCCGGUUUCCUGGUUCCCUGUGGAACGCACGCAUCAUACCGGAAGUGACGCGGUAUACGCAUCAUACCGGAAAUGACGCGGCGUCAUAUAUUCGAUGCUGUAUUAAUCUUGCGCAGCUCGUGGAGCGCACGUGCCGCUCAGAAAAGCGUGCGUUGCGUUCCAGGCGCUUACACAGGCCCCUAAAUGAUGGGCAUGCCUAAAAACUAACAUGACGGCCAUGUUAGGUGUGGGCAUAAGAGGAAAAGAAUAAGUAAAGGACAUAUGUCAUUUGAUUACCGAGUUAUUUAAACAGAUAUUUUAGAAACAAUAUUAAUAAAUAUAAAAGAACAUUAUGUACAAAAAAGAGCAAGUAUAUAAAAAAAAAAUAUUAAUAGAAGGGUAAAAAGAUAAUGCUAACAUAAUGGUGGGUUUUUUAAACAUAAAAAAUUUUAAGAUUUCUAAUAUAUAGUAAUACCACAUAAUAGAACAAAAGGCAUAAUACAAUUAUGAACACAAAUACACUCUUAUUGUGUUCAAAGAUAAUAUAAACCAGUGAAUGUUGACAUGAUUAUUAACUUUAAAUAUAAUAUUGAUAUAGUUGUAUGAAGAGGAGUAGUUGUAAAAAAAAUGUAUAAAAAAUAAUACAUAACACUGUGUAAAAAGAAAAGGACAAAUAUGGAUAAAAUGACUUAUGGAUUGUAAUAUAUAUAUAUAUAUAUAAAUAUAUAUAUAUAUAUAUAAAAUAUAAAAUAUAUAUAAAAAGUAUAUAAAAGGAAAACAAUUUUAAAAUUUUAUAAAAAAUUGUAUAAAUCAAAAUCCACAUUGAGUCCAUUUGGGUGUAAAGUGUCUAACUGAUAUACCCACUGCAUUUCUGUUCUUCCAAUCUUUUUUACAACGUCUCCUCCUCUCCAGUGGUUUCUUACAAUGGCAAUCCCAGUGAAUGGAAGGUGCUUAGGAUCAUUAUUAUGCAUGCAGAAGUGAGCCGGUACAGAGUGGUUAUUUAAACCUUUCUCUAUAUUUCUGCAGUGUUCUGCUAUUCUUGUUUGUAAUGGUCUAAUGGUCCUACCUACAUAUUGUAGGCCGCACGGGCAUUCCAGUAGGUAUAUUACAUUUUUACUGUUACAUGUAAUAACAUCCUUAAUAUUGUAUACUUUACCAGUAAUAUUAUUUUUAAAAUCUGUAAUAUCUCUUCUAGUUGUUUUUGUUUUUUUACACACCAUACAACAAUUGCAUUUGUAGAAACCUUUUUUAUCCAUAAAAUUAUUAAUUCUUUUGGGGCUCGUCUUCAUAUAAUUUUUAGUUAGGUGCAUCUUAAGAUUUGGUGCACCUCUAAAUAUUAUCUUAGGUUUAUCAGGAAUUAUUGUUUUUAAAAUAUCGUCUUCUUUUAAUAGGUGCCAGUGUUUCUUUAUAAUAUUCUUUAAUUGUUUAUUUCUAUUAUUAUAAUCUAGCACAAUUGGCAGAGUGAAAUCUGAGUGUUUUGAUUUUGAUUGGAUUGUAUCUUUAUGUAUAAGUUGAUUCCUGUUUAAUCUAGCUGUUUCAUUAAUUGUAAUUUCAAUAUUCUUUCUAUUAUACCCUUUUUGUAUAAAACUUUCCUUUAACACGUUAGCUUGUUUCGUAAACAUGGAUUCGUCUGAGCAAUUUCUUUUAAGGGGCAUUAUUUGACUUUUUGGUAUGCUGUCUAACCAAGUUUUGUUAUGACAGCUAUCCAUACUUAUAUAGUUAUUUACAUUAACAUCUUUAAAAUGUGUUUUCGUUUGUAUUUUAUUGUCUUUAAUGUAAAUAUUCAGGUCGAGAUAAGUAACCAUGGUAUUACUAAAAUCUGCUGUUAGAAAUAUGCCUUCUUCAUUACUAUUUAAAAAAAGAGAUAAAAUCUUUGGCUGAGCUAAUAGACCCUUUCCAAAUAAAAAGAAGGUCAUCUAUAUAACGAGAAUAAGACACCAGGCUAUCCACCCAGCCAUGCCCCCUCCAGACAAAACGGUCCUCCCACUCUGCCAUAUAAAGAUUGGCAUAGCUGGGUGCAAACCUGGUGCCCAUAGCUGUGACAGUUUUCUGUAAAUAAAAGUCAUCUUUAAACCAAAAAUAAUUAUGUCUUAAAAUUAAAUCUAUACCCUCAAUAAUAAAAUCUGCUUGUUCUUGAAAUAUAGAUUUAUCCCGUUCAAGGAUAGAUCUUAUUGCACGACACCCUUUUUCAUGCUGUAUAAUCGUGUACAGGGACUGCACAUCACAAGUAAUAAGUAUAUAAUCUUCUCUCCAGAUUAUAUUUUCCAAUUUUUUGAGAAAGUCUAUCAUAUCUUUUAGAUAUGAUUUUGUUUGUCUGACAUAUGGUUGCAACAUUAUGUCUAUAUAUUCAGAUAAGUUGGAAAGAAGUGAUCCUAUACCCGACACUAUGGGUCGCCCUGGAGGAUCAUACAAGUUUUUAUGUAUUUUUGGGAGAAAAUAUAUAACUGGGAUUUUGGGAAAUUAAAUGUUAAUAUAAUCAUAUUCUUUUGUGUUAAGAAUCCCCAUAUCUCUUCCUUUAUUUAGAAAUAUACUGAAUUUAAGUUUUAUAUCAGCUGUUGGAUCUUUAUUCAAUUUGAUGUAUGUCUUACUGUCAUUUAAUUGUCUGAGGGCUUCUGUUUCAUAUUUAUCUUUAGAUUGGAUGACAAGACCCCCGCCUUUAUCGGUGGGUUUGAUUACUAUUGAAGUAUCAUUAUAUAGGUCUUUGAGUAUUUUCAUUUCCUUCUUAUUCAUAUUUGGCCUAUCUCUCAUUUGUUUAGUAUCUAAAACUUUUAAAUCAUUACAUACUUUUCUUUCGAAAAUAUUUAGAGCACUGGAUUUAAAAUAAGCAGGGUAAAACGUGGAUUUACUUUUUAAAUCACUACUCCUAUAUUCUUUUGGUUUGUCAUUAUCUGUAUUAGCACAUAUAUUCGUAUUGAUAGUAGGUUUAUUUAAAUAAAAACGUUUUAAGGUGGCAUUUCUUACAAAUUUAUUCACAUCUAUAUAUGCUAAGAACGAAUUGUAAGAUUUAGUGGGAGCAAAUUUCAGACCUCUUUUUAAAACAUUCUUUUCAGUUGAAUUCCAUAUACUUAUUGCUCUUACUGUAAAAAAAAAAACUUUUCUUUGCCUUAGAUGAAAUUUUCUUUCUUCUAGCCUAAACGUGUGACCUUGUGUCCUAUGUAUAGCCCUGAUUAUGAAUAGAUUUCCAGAUAAAGGUUUGUACUGGCCCCGAAUAUAUUUGUAUAAUGUUAUCAUAUCCCCUCUCAGGCGUCGUUUUUCCAAACUAAACAGAUUAAAUUUGUUUUAACCUUUCUUCAUACCUAGAAUGCUCCAUUCCUUUUAUUAAUUGUGUAACUUGUCUCUGGACGUUUUCUAGUACCAUGAUAUCUUUCUUUCGAACAGGCGCCCAAAAUUGCACAGCAAACCAGAUGGGUCGGUUAGCUAAUGAAGACCAGGAAAAAGCAGAAAUUUUAAAUAACUAUUUUUCUUCAGUAUAUAUUAAUGAGGAUCCUAUGGCAAGAGAUAUGCAAAUGAUUGCUUCAAAAAACUUUUAGAUAACUUGGGAUUGGAUAACUUGAGACACGGUGCAUCAGCUGUUAAAGAAAAUGAAUGUAAAUAAAGCUCCGGGUCCUGGUGGUAUUCACCCACGAGUACUUAAGGAGCUAAGUGGGGAAAUAAGUGAACCUCUGUUUUUAAUUUUUCAAGAUUCUUUUGUCUCAGGUAUUGUACCGGAGGAUUGGAGGUGGCAGAUGUUGUUCCUUUAUUUAAAAAGGGUUCAAAAUCCUUGCCUGGAAAUUAUAGACCUGUGAGCUUAAUUUCUGUGACUGGGAAAAUAUGUGAAGGGCUAUUAAGGGAUAAUGUUCAGGAAUUCAUUGGGAAUAACUUUGUUAUUAGCAAUAAUCAGCAUGGUUUUAUGAAACACAGGUAAUGUCAAACUAACCUAAUUGCAUUCUACGAAGAAGUAAGUACAAGUAUAGAUCAGGGUGUUGCAGUGGAUGUGAUCUACUUGGAUUUUGCCAGGGCAUUUGAGCAGGCUAUUGCUUUGCUGCAGAGGGAUUUGGAUAGAUUGGGAGACUGGGCACUAAAAUGACAGAUUAAAUUUAACAUAGAGAAAUGCAAAGUUAUGCACUUAGGGGUCAAGAAUGCACAAGCAACUUACACCCUAAAUGGUAGUGAACUAGGGAUAACCACACACGAGAAGGAUUUGGGAAUUGUUAUAGACAACAAAUUAGGCAGCAAUAUACAAUGUAAAUCUGCAGUUUCUAAGGCCAGUAAGGUUUUGUCAUGUAUAAGUAGGGGUAUAAAUUCUCAGGAUGAAAAUAUAAUUUUGCCUCUUUAUAAAUCACUGGUAAGACCACACCUUGAAUAUGCUGUGCAAUCUUGGGCACUUGUUCUAAAUAAGGAUAUCAUGGUAUUAUAAAAAGUGCAGAGUCGAGCUACAAAAUUGAUAAAAGGAAUAGAGCAUUUUAGUUACAAAGAAAGGUAAAAAAAUUGAAAUCUCUUUAGUUUGGAAAAACUGCGCCUCUGAGGGGAUAUGAUAACAUUAUACAAAUAUAUUCGGGGCCAGUACAAACCAUUAUCUGGAAAUCUAUUCAUAAACAGGGCUAUACAUAGGAGACGAGGUCACACAUUUAGGCUGGAAGAAAGGAGAUUUCAUCUAAGGCAGAGAAAAGGUUUUUUUACUGUAAGAGCAAUAAACAUAUGGAAUUCUCUGCCUGAAGAGGUGGUUUUAUCAAAGACAAUACAGAUGUUUAACCCCUUAAGGACCAAACUUCUGGAAUAAAAGGGAAUCAUGACAAUUGGAUCAAUUGGAUCAAAACUUGAAAAAAACACAGCAUACAGGGAAAUAAUUUCUAAUUAGUGGGGUAAUAGCUGCUUGAACCAAGGAGAAGUCUGACUGCUAUUUUGGAGUCAAGAAGGAAUUUUUUCCUAGUUUGUUGCAAAAUUGGAAGCGCUUCAGACUAGGUUUUUUUUGCCUUCUUUUGGAUCAAUAGCAAAAACAUGUGAGGAAGGCUGAACUUGAUGGAUGCAAGUCUCUUUUCAGCAAUGUAACUAUAUAACUAUGUAACUAUUGCACUUAUUUACUUCAGCCCAGGGCCGGACUGGGAAAAAAAUUCGGCCCAGGCAUUUUUCAAUCACAGCGGCCCCGUGAGAAGGGGGCAGGGCAAGAGAGGGUGUGUUUUGUCAUCACUAAUGACAAGCACGUCCCCUCUCAAAGUCUGCAUGUUAGUUCAAAGCACAGAGCCCUGCUGAAGAGCUCUAGCAUGAGAAAAAGGCCCUGUAUUUGUUCUGUGCCUCACAAGCAAAUUUAACAACAUGCUUGUGCUGUGUUUGCUUUUAACUUGUCUAUGGUGUCAACAUAAGUGGGAUACUAGAGGACAAAAGGGCCAGGAAAGCGUAUCGUGCUAGGGGCUGUAGAGAGUGUGUGUGUAUAGGGGGCAUAGUGUAUAUUGGGGAUGUUGCGAGUGUCUGCAUACGGGCUGUAGUGUGUUUAGGGGUUGUAGAGACUGUGUGUUUAGAGAAUGUAGCACAAGUUUGCUAACAGGGAAUGUAGUGUGUGCAUAGGGGAUCCAUAGUUUGUAUGUCAGGAAUGUAGUGUGUGUAGGUGGUGCAGUGUGUGUGUGUGUGUGUGUAGGGGAUCUAGUGUGUAAAGGACCCAGAGUGUGUAUAGGAGAUAGUGUGUGUGUAGAGGAUUUAGAGUGUAUAUAGGGAUCUACUGUGUGUAUGUUUGUGUAGAUUAGAUGAUCCAGAGUUGGGUAAGGGAUCUAGCGUGUAUCUGGAGAGUAAUGUGUGUAGUGGUGCAGUGUGAGGGGUGCUGUAGUAUAUAUAUACUACAGCUCCACCGGGUCCUCCUCUCCCUCCCCAGCCAGUGGCAGCAUUACAGUGCCUGUGGGCCACUGAGGGAGGUCUUUGAUCUCCCCACUAGGCAAUGAAGGCACGCAGCAGUGCCGGCACACUGAUAGUGUUGGCCCUGCGUGGGCCGGCCGGAGAGAUCCUGUGAUCUCCCCUGCCAGCCUCAGCCCCUGUUCAUUGCGGCCCACUGGGUAUUUGCCUGCUUCAGCCUCUCAUACAUCAAUACUCUAGAGGAAUUUCCUUGAUAAGAAUUUCCUCACUUUGCUUUUUACAUUAGCAAGAUCCUUCCAUGUAGGUUUGGGCUGAUUUCUCACCAUUCUCAUGAUGAUUGAAACUCUACGAGGUGAGAUCUUGCAUGGAGCAACGAGGGAGACUGACAGUUAUUUUGUGUUUCUUCCAUUUGCGAAUAAUCACAACAACUGUUGUCACCUUCUCACCAAGCUGCUUGAUGAUGGUCUUGUAGCCCAUUCCAGCCUUAUGUAGGUCUACAAUCCUUGACAUCCUCGGACAGCUCUUUCGUUUUGGCCAUGGUGGAGAGUUUGGAAUCUGACUAAUUGCUUCUGUUAACAGGUGUCCUUUAUACAGGUAACAAGCUUUGAUUAGGAGCACUCCCUUUAAGAAAGUGCUCAUAACCUCAGCUAGUUACCUGUAUAAAAGACACCUGGGAGCCAGAAAUCUUGUUGAUUGGAUAGGAGAUCAAAUACUUAUUUCACUCAUUAACAUGCAAAUCAAUUUAUAACUUUUUUGACAUGCCUUUUUCUGGAUUUUAUUUUGUUAUCCUGUCUCUCACUGUUAAAAUACAUCUACCAUUAAAAUUACAGACUGAUCAAUUGUUUGUUCAAAAUGUUCAAAAUCAGCAGCGGAUCAAAUACUUUUUUUCCCUCACUGUGUGUGGGAUAUAUAUAUAUAUAUACAUUAUUUGUAUUCUACAGUAUAAAAAAAUACAUGGCAGUCUUAGAAAUCAAACAAUGUUUAUUUUCCAGAACUGAAACAGAAGAUAACGUUCCCGUGGCAGCAUAUUACACACUUCACUAUGAUGGAAACAUCACUCAUGAAAAGCCAUUACGAGUUGUUAGCACGUGUAAUUUAGACAUGUUCAAAUUCCCCUUUGACAAACAGCUUUGUAACCUGACCUUCGUUUCUUUCCUGUACCCAGGUAUGUUCAUUACAAAUAAAUAAAAUAAACCUAUAAUAAAAUAUCAACAUUACUAUAUAUUAUUUCUAUUCAUGUAUUACUUUAAGGAACACUCCAAGCACCAUAACCACUACAGAUCACUGUAAUGAUUGCGGUGCCAGGAGUGCCCUGGUACCUCCUUAUUGUAAUGAGUCAAACCUUUUUCAAUUAGUUUCUUUUCAUUGGGGUCUGUCGGGCACCCCCCCACCUCCACUACCCUCAUCAGAUAUCCGGGCGCUGCUAAGCAGGAACUUCCAUUAGCUCUCCUGAGCUCAGCUCUACAUUGAAAAGGUUUGAUUCCAUACAAUGUGAUGGGAUGUCAGGGCGCUGCAAGCACCGUAAUCACUACAGUGAACUAUAGUCGACAUGGUGCUUGAAGUGUUAAUUUAAUUAGACAAAUUGUCAUAUAUAAUAGAACACUGACCAUCAGUUAUGUUAUUAUCCUUUGGUUUAAGCAGUUUCCCAGUUUCAUUUGUUCUAUAUAGUGAAUAAAUAUAAUACUUUAUACUUCUCCAAAUACAAAAUGGUUAUUCACUAAAUACAAAUUACAGAGUAAAGUGGCAUUUUACAGACAAUUCCCAACGGACUCACUUGCUGAGGUCCUGACUGUUAUACCCAAAGAAGGCAAGGACCCAUCCUGUUGCGCCAGUUACUGACCUAUGUCACUCCUGAAUGCGGACUUAAAACUGUUCGCAAAAGCCAUGGCCUUGCGACUUUCGAUUUUUACCUCGGGUAACCCGACCGGUUACCCCUGCUACUCCACUUCAGCCAGUCAGGAACCAUUUAAAGCACAAAGAGACCCAUCCCCCCCCCCAGUAACUGGACGACACACAGUCCUGGAGGCAGUGGUGUAUUUUGGAGUGGUGCUGCCCUAGGCUGGACGGAGCUCGGGUACCAUCCCAUAUUUAAAUUUUCCCCACCCUUUCCUGUCAAGGCCGCACUUUGACUGACAGAAACUUUCUCACUGAUGCAUUCAAUGACAUACAAUCACUAAAAGAUACAGUCAUUAGCACACAUACUGUUUAACCAACACACACUUUCACUGACAGAACGACACACACGCACUCUCAUAUACUCUGACAAACAAUGACAUACACACACACUCACUGAUUUGACACACACUGACAGACUUACACUCACUGACAGACACAGACACACUCAUUGACUGAAACAUACAGACUCACUGACAGGCACUCACUCACAGACACACAGACACUUACAGACACACACACUUACAGACACACACAUUCAUUCACAGGCACACACACAUUCACUCACAGGCACACACACAUUUCCCCCAACACUCACAAAUUAUUAUUAUUUUUUUAAUCUAAAUCCACCCUGGGAGAGCUGGAGUGGAUUACUUACAUGCGAUCCAGUGGGGCUGCUGCGCGGUCUGGUGGGGGGCGGAAAGGCUGAGUAGGCAGCGAGGGAGCUCUAAUCUUCUUGCUCAUCUCCCACGCGCACCGCUUAGUGAUGACGGGAACCUGAGUGACUUCAUAUUCUGGCUUCAUUAAAUGGCACGUGAGGGAGCUGAGCAGGAAGAGCUCAGGUGAGCAUGCUUCCUCGCCGCCCGCCGCGAUAGAAGCUGCCGCCUGCCUCGUGGUGGCUCAAAAGUGGCCAGCUAUUGGGCCCCCAGGACACGAGGCAAACAAGGCAUCAUACUGGGCGUUUGGUGGUGGCUAAAUCCACAGGGUCCCCCACACCAACCGCCAGGGAUCUUCUUCCCAAGAGCCUCUGUGCCUGGGAGUGUAGGUGUGGUCUCAAACCUUUCCAAGGUUUCUCCACUACAAGAAAUAAUCCCUAGAUCCACCAUAUUUGACUGACUAUCAAUAAAGGUUUAUAUUAUACUGAUUGUUAAAUAUACUGAAGAGUGGGAGUCAUUUUCACAAACGUUGUAUGCUUUCUUCAUAUUCUAUGUAUACUUUGCAACCUUAAACUCUGCACCGAUUAUUCAAUAUCUGUACAAUUGCAAAAAAAAUAAAAAAAAUAAAACAAAUAAAGAUUGUCAAAAAAUUUGGGGUAGGAUGGCGUAGCAUUAGAGAUCUGUAGGUCAAGAUUAAUUGUUAGAUACAACUCUUAUAACUUAUAGUGUGCCCUCAUACCCUCAGUAUGCCCUCUAAUACCAUUGAGUGUUUCCUCUUAAACCCCUCAGUGAGCCCUCUUUUUCUACUUAUUGCCCCUUUUACACCUUCCCCAAUGCACCUUCAUUUGCUACUUUGGAGUAUUGUACGCAGUACUGGAGACCGUAUCUCCAGAAGGAUAUUGAUACUUUAGAGAGAGUUCAGAGAAGGGCUACUAAACUGGUUCAUGGAUUGCAGGGUAAAACUUACCAGGAAAGGUUAAAGAAUCUUAACAUGACAAUAGCCCUGACGUUGCAGCACCCGGCACCACAACGGAUAAAGUCUGAGUGCAGGGACCAUCUGGAAUUUGCUAUAUAUAUAUUAUAUAUAUAUAUAUAUAUAUAUAUAUUAAUAUAUUAUACUGUAUUUAUAUAAUAACAAUUAUUAAUAAAUAAAAAUAUAUAUAUCAUUCUAAUUGUAUUUAUUAUUGUAUAUAUUUAAAUUCUACGUGCAUAUUUAUGUAAUCUUUUUACAUAAUUAUGUGACUUUAUUAAUUACAAUUUGAGAGACCUGCCUGACAACCAAGGCAGAAAGUCUAAAGGAUUUGCAAACCCUAUGUUUAACCCUCUAACUCUUCAAAACCCGAUAAAACCUGUACAUGGGGGGUACUUUUGUACUUGUGAGACAUCAUUAAACACAAAUAUGUAUUAUAUUGCAGUAAAAGCUAACAGUAUUAUGACAUUCACAGUUAAAAUGUCAUGCAGAACUUGAAAAAUAACAUUUCUUAAUUUCUCAAAAUUCGAUUUUAUUCAUAUUAAAUUAUGUUUCAUAUAUAACUAUUUGAUGUGAAAUGAAAGCUCUGUUUGUCCUGAUUAAAAUUAUAUAUAAGUGUGGGUGUACACAAUAUGAAAGAGGUAAACUAUGGUUUGAAAGACUCAUAGUGCAGGUUUGGUUUUGAUUAGAACUUGUAAAAUUGCCUACGUCCUUAAAGGACCACUAUAGGCACCCAGACCACUUCAGCUCAAUGAAGUGGUCUGGGUGCCAGGUCCAUCUAGGGUUAACCCUGCUGCUGUAAACAUAGCAGUUUCAAAGAAACUGCUAUGUUUACACUAGGGUUAAUCCAGCCUCUAGUGGUUGUCUCACUGACAGCCACUAGAGGCCGCUUCCACGAUUCUCACUGUGAAAAUCACAGUGAGAAGACACUGGACGUCCAUAGGAAAGCAUUGAGAAAUGCUUUCCUAUGGACUGAUUGAAUGCGCGUGCGGCUCUUGCCACGCAUGUGCAUUCAGAGCUGACGUCGGAAGAGGGAGGAGAGUUCCCCAGCGCCGAGGGAUCCCAGCGCUGGAGAAAGCUAAGAGUAUAACCUCCUCAGUCCCUUGAGCCCAGCGGAAGGACCCUGAGGGUGGGGGGGACCUAAAGACCCUAUAGUGCCAGGAAAACAAGUUUGUUUUCCUGGCACUAUAGUGAUCCUUUAAAGGGGCUAACCUAUAGUUUGCUAUGAGGAUUUAAUUUGCUAAAAUUUGGUGUUUAAUGAAUAAUCCUGAUGUUAUGUUUAACUAUCUUACUAGAACUUCCUAAUGCUCACUUUUACACACCAUGUUUCUUUACAUUUUAUCAUUCUACAGAGGCAGAAAUGGUAAUUUUACCAAAAUCCAAUGCCUCAACUGUGAAUAAAAACUCAAAGAGUUCGUUUACAAAUAAAGGUGACUGGAUCCUUCAAGAAAUCUCGGUUAAUUACAGCGAAAUGGAAUAUGGGAGCAUUUCAUAUAGUUUUGUUGUCUAUGGGGUAAGAGUCACACAUUAUCACCAUAUUGCAUAUUGACACAUAUAUUACCACAGAUAUCGCUGUGUUUCCUCAUAUAUUUUGCUUGAUAUAUUGUCAUAUUAUUGUCUGACUGCUUCACACAAUGAUCUUUACAUUGUCAUGUUGUCCCAAUGGUGUCCAGAUGUGUUGUUAUAUUACCCCCUGAUGUAAUACAAACAACCACUAGAGGCAAGGCCGAUCCUAGGGUCACAGGCGCCUGGAUGCAGACAUUUUUGGUGCCCUCAGGUGGGCGUGGUCAUCUUUCUAACCCCUGCCCUUUGCAACGACUCCACCUCUCCAUCUAGAUACACACUCACUGGCAGUCACACACUCUUACUGAGACACACACACACUUACUGUUUUGUCACACACUGACAGAAACAUACUCAGACAGAAACAUUGACACACACUCUCAAUGACAGAUACACAUUCUCACUGAUUUGAAACACUCACUGACAGACACAUAGUGGAACACAAAAUAAGGAAGUCCAGCAUAAUCACUCAAUUAAACACACACUGCCCCAUGCAUACCUAGACCGUCACACACAAUACAAUACACAUACAUUCACACUGUCAUAUGGACACUGUAUCACACACACACACUCUCAGUGUCACAUACACACAGUCCUGGCUGUGAUGAGCACCGGGAGGAGGAAAGGAGGCCGGGGUCCCUAGUGUCUAGUGGGAGGCAGGUAUUCCUUUCUGCUUUGCCUCUGUGCAGCAGCGGCUCAAGACUUGGUGACGUCCUCUUAAACAAUUAUCUCUAUAAACUCAUUUGUAUAAAUUAUUUUUUAAUGCAAAGCUUCUAUGUAAAAUAGUUUUCCUUCUUUCAGUUUGCUGUAUAUGUACAGUGAUGUAUUCACCCCAUACACUAAUUAAUACACAUACAUAUAAAUCCACAGAUCAUAUCUCAUAUAUACAUAGACAUGUGGCUUAACUUCUCUGGCUGGUAAAAUAUUUGAAAGGUUAUUAGGGGAUAAUAUUCAAGAAUUCCUUGAGAAGAACAUGGUUAUCAGCAAAAAUCAGCACGGUUUUAUGAAGCACAGGUCAUGUCAAACUAACUUGAUUGCGUUCUACGAAGAAGUAAGUAGAAGUAUAGAUCAGGGUGUUGCAGUGGAUGUGAUCUAUUUGGAUUUUGCCAAGGCAUUUGAUACAGUUCCACACAAUAGAUUAGUGUUCAAACUCAAGGAAAUCGGUCUAGAUGAAAAUGCUUGUUCUUGGGUAGAACAUUAGCUUAAAAACAGAGUACAAAGAGUUGUCAUUAAUGGUAAAUUUUCAAACUGGACAGAGGUGGCAAGUGGUGUCCCUCAGGGGUCUGUUCUGAGACCCCUUCUAUUUAACAUGUUUAUAAAUGAUCUUGAAGACAGCAUUGAAAGUCAUGUUUCAGUGUUUGCAGAUGACACAAAACUUUGUAAAAUAAUACAAUGUGAGCAAGAUAUUACUUUGCUGCUGAGGGAUUUAGAUAGACUGGGGAACUGGGCACUCAAAUGGCAGAUGAAACUGAAUGUUGAAAAAUGCAAAGUUAUGCACUUUGGCGUAAAGAAUACACAAGCAACGUAUACCCUUAUUGGAAGCGAAUUAGGGAUAGCAACACACGAAAAGGACUUGGAAAUUGUUAUAGACAACAAACUAUGCAACAAUGUGCAAUGUCAGUCAGCAGUGGCCAAGUCAUGCAUGAAAAAGGGCAUUCAUUCUCGGGACGAGAAUAUAAUUUUGCCUCUUUAUAAAUAACUGGUAAGACCACAUAUUGAAUAUGCUGUGCAAUUUUGGGCACCUGUUCUAAAGAAGGAUAUUAUGGCACUAGAAAAAGUGCAGAGGCGGGCUACAAAAUUAAUAACAGGAAUGGAACAUAUCAGCUAUGAAGAAAGUUUAACAAAUUUAAACCUAUUUAGUUUAGAAAAACGUCGCCUGAGAGGGGAUAUGAUAACAUUAUACAAAUAUAUUCGGGGCCAAUACAAACCAUUGUGUGGAAAUCUAUUCACAAACCGGACUUUACAUAGGACACGAGGCCAUGCGUUUAGACUGUAAGAAAGAAGAUUUUGUCUUUUUACUGUAAGAACAAUCAGGAUGUGGAAUUCUCAGCCUGAAGAAGUGGUUUUAUCAGAGUCCAUACAGAUGUUCAAACAGCUACUAGAUGCAUACUUGCAAAAACAGAAUAUUCAAGGAUAUAAUAUUUCAAUGUAGGGUAAUAACUGCUUGAUCCAAGUAUAAAUCUGACUGCCAUUCUGGGGUCAAGAAGGAAUUUUUUUCCUAGCUUGUUGCAAAAUUGUGCUUCAAACUGUGUUUUUUUGCCUUCUUUUGGAUCAACAGCAAAAAACAAAUGUGAGGAAGGCUGAACAUGAUGGACGCAAGUCUCUUUUCAGCUAUGUAACUAUGUAACUAUGUGCACACUCACAUACAUACACAGACACACACUGUCACAUACAGAGGCACAUAACAUACACAUUCACAUACAUACACAGACACACACUGUCACAUACAGAGGCACAUACCAAUAUACACAGUGACAUACAUAGGCACAUACCAAUAUACACACCCACAUAUAUACACAGACACACACUGUCACAUACAGAGACACAUACCAAUGUACACACUCACAUACAUACAUACUGUGUUAUUUACAAAAAUAAGAAUUGUCAGGAAUUUAUAGUGGAUUUCAAAGUGGAUGAAAGAAUAGUCAAACUGGAAGCAUCAUAUUCAUGACAGUUGUUUUAGUGACUAUCCUUGUCAGACAUGAAUUAACACACACCAUCACAAUCAUCAAAGACACACAUCAUCAUGGACACAGACACACCAAAACACAGUGCGAGACAUACACGCAUUAACUCAAUUACAAACAUUUAUAAAAGAACACAAAGGCACAUACAUUAAAAGACAAACAAAGUUCGAUACAUAGACACACAACACACUCAGUCACAUGUCACUCAUGUGACAGGGUACGUGGGUAGUUACACUCAGCAAAGUACCGCUGCUGUAACACCACCUACACUCAGCAGCUCCGUUGCCAGCUACCUACUGGGGGAGUUUCUACGGUUGGGAGGUUUUCAAGGCUGCAUUCUAAAGCAGCCACUCACUCUCCUGAGUACUACGUGUUCCAAGCUGUGACACUCUUCCCUGCAGUGCCCCCAUUAUUCUAGUGCUUGGUCACAAAUGCCCUCUCAAAUGACCCUGGUGGUUGAGUGGUAUCUUAUAUAUGUUCCCUGGAAGUCCGGUGGUGAAUAGCAGGAAGCGCAAGUCCUGUUGUUUCAGAUCAUUAUACCCACUCCUUCACGGCUCCGGCUUUCAAUGUUGUCAGAGUGCAGGCUGAGAAUCUCUGAGCCUGUUCUCUGACUAAUUAACUGAGUGCCAGAACCACGAGGGAGAGGGUAUGAUCUGACCGCACAUACUAUUUGUGCGCACCAGUGGAUCACCAGGGAAUUAUUUACAUUUCAUAUGCUGGUGUUCCCAACUUGCGAGCUGUGUUGGUCACCAUGUGCCUCUGUUGUCAUGGCGCCCUGCAUAACCACACAGCUUGCAUACCCCAAAGGCACUCACUCAAUGACACACAAACAUAAACCGUGACACACAAAAACUCUGACAGACACAUACACACACUCACUGACAGACACACACUCACUGAUACACACACACUUUCUGACAGACAUACACACACACACACACUCACUGACAGACACACACUUACUAACAGACAUAUACACACACACACUGACAGACAUACACACACACACACACUCACAGACACACACACACUUACCGAUAGACACAUACACACUUACACAGUCUUGCACACACACUCACAAAUUAAUUAUACAUUACUUCAUAUUCGGGCUCCUGGCAUCACCACAGAGGGAGCACAAGGGAGCAGCACAGGCAGUGAUCCCUUGCCGCCUCCUUCCUCAGCCGGCCGGUAUAUUGCUGCAAAGUAGGCACCUGCCGUCUGGGAUAAGCAGGUGACUACCCUGCCUUGCUACAUAACUGCCAUUCCGGGGGCGCCCUUAGGUGGUCUGGCCAUCUGCUGGGCUCCCUGUGACAGGCCAUCAACCGCUCUGUGCGGCACCCCCCACCUCCUGGCGCCUGGGUGCAGUGCACCCCGUGCACCCGCCCAGGAUUGGCCCUGACUAGAAGCACUUCCGCUGCACUGACCAAGUAAUACUUAGACCCCAUAGAAAGUAUUGAUUUGAUGCUGGAAUGCGUGCGUGGCGCUUGCCGCACAUACGUAUUUUGUCCCCAAUGCUCCUCCGAGAUGUUGCAGAGGUGAAGACGUCAGUAAAACUUUAUUUUUUAAAGUUUAAUUGCAAAUGCAUGUUUGAGGACACGCCUAUAUUAAUUUGGCCCUGGUUUGUAUUCCUAGCACAAUAAUGUUUCUUUACUUCUCUCUGUCUCAUGAAAUGUUAACUCUUUUGGGGUCUUUUUUUUGCAUUCUGAUUGAGAUUAAGUAGUCUGGGUGACUGAAGGGUCCCUUUUAGAGUUGAGCGAACCCAAACUGUAAAGUUCGGGAUCGUACCAAACAUUUUUUUUUUUUGGACCCCGGACCUGAACACAGACAUUUCACUGUAUGUUCGGGUUGGAGUUCAGUGUUUGGCAAUUUAAUGGCGCGUUUUGAAAGGCUGCAGGGCAGCCAAUCAACAAGCGUUUGACUCGUGUGCCCUUAGAAGCCAUCAGAGCCAUGCCUACUGUGGCGGAACCAACCUCGCCAUCAUGCACUGGAGAAGCCUGGUUGCCCGCCUGCUGCCUUUAGACUAUGGCCCCAUGUUGAAACGCUUGAUUUUCCCCUGCGAAGACACGAAAGCCGGGUCAUUCGGUGCUGGCCCUGUUUGAGCGGUGAUACCCCAGAUAGCAAUGCCAUGGAGCCCAUUCGUAUAAUGAAAGACUAUGGGAAAGACUUUGGCUCCAUGGCAAUUGAACUGUAUGUGUGUGCUCUGAGCGCCAUUCAGUAAUAAUGUGCGCUCAGAUCUGAGCUAUCUGGGGAUAUGUUGAAUGUACCUGUUUUGUGCAAUGGCUACACAGUUAUAUAUUUUUAUGUGUUUUAUUGUCUUUUGCUGCCAUGUGUUCAAUGGAGUUUUGCCUCUGUCCUUGGAGAUAAUUGGAUUACUUCCCAAUUAUCUCCAGGAUAGAAGACUUUGUGGAACUGGUUUUGGGCAGAAAAGCCAUGCUUCAUUUGGUCACAAAGGACUACGAUCUAUCUUUUGAACCAAUGGACCAAUUUGGCUGAUUUUUGUUUUUUAAAGAGAUUGGAUGUGUGGUUUUAAAGUUACAGGAUUUGUGUAAAAACUAAAAAAAAGGGGAGGAUUUUUGUAUGUAAUUGCUGGGAGUGUUUCUGUAAUAUACGUGUAUGAUUGGUUGUUUUGUAAAACCCUGUGGGUGGUCCUAUCUAAGGGAAACCUGCAUAAAAGAAGGUUCACUUGGUGCCAGUAAGGAGAUUCUGCUUAAUCCUCAAACGAAGUGUCGUCUCGUUGUUGGGGGAAUUGGAUUGUAUGCUGACUGCCAGGAGUGUAAACCUUUCGUAUGGUUUUUUCUGUUCAGCUGUUUCCAGUAUUCGUGAGUUUCCUGUUCGGGAGUUGGAGAAUUCGUGUAGUUUGCAGUUCAGGAGAUUGGUGAUUGCAGUAGCUGUCUGUGCAUCUGAAAGGGGAAUAUCGCCUAAACGGCUUUUAACCCCUUGUGGGCAAAACGGUCCGUUACACCUACUAAUGGCAUGGCUGUGAUCAGGGCCGCCAUCAGGGGGUGACAACCAUAAUGGCCACCCGGGCCCCACGAGUAGCGGCGGAACUGCCGCCGGACGGCGCAGUUGCACCGGGGUCUGCACGCUGAUGGGGCCCAUCGGGUGGCCCACAUACUUAGGGCCACCCGAUGGGCCCCAUAUCUUCAGGGGCCCGGUCAGCGCUGUGGCCCCCUUAAAAAAAAAAAUGCCGCCGCAGCUCAAAUGCUGCUGGGAGGAAGUGGUCACUUCCUCCCAGCUCACUCCUCGCGGGAGGAGCGCGCACCCGGCAAUGAAGAGGGAGAGCCAGCUGACUCCAAGUCCCAUCAGCCCCAGCCAGCCACCCUCCUGAAAAGACAAGGUAAGAAACAGGAGGGUGGCUGGAAAAUGAGCUGUGUGUGUGUCAUUAUGAAUGUGUGUAUCUAUGGAUGUCAGUGUAUGUCUGUAGGUAUGUCUGUAUGUAUGUCUCUAUGUCUGUAUGCAUGUCUGUAUGCAUGUAUGCAUGUAUGUCUAUCUGUAUGCAUGUCAUUAUGUGUGUAUGGAUGUCAGUGUAUGUAUGUCUGCAUGUCAUUAUGAAUGUGUGUAUAUCUGUCUGUCUGUAUGAAUGUAUGUGUGCCAGUAUGAAUGUCUGUCUGUAUGUCAUUAUGAAUGUGUCUGUGUCUGUAUGUCUUUAUGCAUGUGUGUCUGUAUGUAUGUUAGUAUGUGUCUGUCACUAUGUAUGCCUGUGUGUCUGUAUAUGUGUGUGUGUGUGUCAGUAUGUAUUCCUAUAUGCGUAUCAGUAUGUGUGUCUGUUAGCAUGUAUCAGUGUGUGUGUGUGUAUCUGUGUUCUUUUGUAUCAGUGAAUGUGUUUGUGUCUGUGUGUGUAUUCCUGUGGGUGGGAUUUGAAGGUGGUCUCUGUGGGCGGUUUUGGAGGCGGACCCCCAGGGGCCCAGACCCUGAGCUCAGUUAGGGGCCCCAAAAUUUCUGGUGGCGGCCCUGGCUGUGAUUGGCCAGUGCAGCAUGUGACCUAGCCUCUAUAUAUAAGCUGGAGUCGCGUAGCGCCGCACGCACAUGUGGUCUUAUUAGUGUAGGGAGAGGAUGCUGCCGCUGAUAGGGACAGCUUAGGAAAGAAUUCUGCAAACUAGUACAGUAGUGGGGUGCACUUCAUAUCUGUGAGUCAAAUAGAAGCUUCAAAUACCGCGGUUACAUCUGAGUUUUAAAAAGUAAAACAUUUUUGGUGCGAAAUAGUACAUUAGUGGCAUAGUACAUUAGUGGGGUGCACUUCAUAUCUGAGAGUCAAAUAGAAUCGUCAAAUACUGCUGUCACAUUACAGUUUUAAAACGUAAAAAUGUUUUGGGUGCUAAAAAGUACAUUAGUGGGGUGCACUUCAUAUCUGAGAGUCAAAUAGAAGCGUCAAAUACUGCUGUCAAAUUGCAGUUUUAAAACGUAAAAAUGUUUUGGGUCCUAAACUGCUAAAUAGUAUUUUAGUGGGAUGCACUUCAUAUCUGAGAGUCAAAUCAAAGCGUCUAAUAGUGUGCUUACAGCGCAGUGGUAAACAUUCUUAUUUUCUGGGUGCUAAUCUGCUACAUAGUACAUUUUGGGGCAUGCACUUCAUAUUUGAGAGUCAAAUAGAGGCGUCUUAUACUGCGGUUACAGCGCAGUUGUAAACAUUGUAAUUGUUUUGGUGCUAAACUGCUAAAUAGUACAUUUUGGGGCGUGCACUUCAUAUCUGAGAGUCAAAUCGAAGCGUCUAAUACUGCGGUUACAGCGCAAUUGUAAACAUUCCAAUUGUUUUGGUGCUAAUCUGCUAAAUAGUACAUUUGCGUACUGCAUUUCAUAUCUGAGAGUCAAAUCGAAGUGUCUAAUAGUGCGCUUACAGCGCAGUUGUAAACAUUCUAAUUGUUUUGCUGCUAAUCUGCUAAAUAGUACAUUUGCGGCCUGCAGUGCACUUCAUAUCUGGGAGUCAAAUAGAAGCGUCAAAUAGUGCGCUUACUGCGCAGUUGUAAACAUUCUAAUUGUUUUGCUGCUAAUCUGCUAAAUAGUACAUUUGCGGUCUGCAGUGCACUUCAUAUCUGGGAGUCAAAUAGAAGCGUCAAAUAGUGCGCUUACUGCACAGUUGUAAACAUUCUAAUUGUUUUGCUGCUAAUCUGCUGCUUACAUUGGAGUUUUAAAAAGUCAAUUUUUUGUAAAAACAUUUUGGGGCGCUAAAUAGUAUAUCUGGGGUGUUCAUUUCAUAUCUGAGAGUCAAAUCGAAGCUUAACUUUGAUUCAAAUAUACUACAUCGGUCACUUGUAAUAUUGUUUUACACCUACAACACUUGUUACACAGAUCUAAGUUAUAGAAAACAGAUUGAUAUUUUCUACACUAGAAACUACCAGAUAACAAGCUGCUAUAUUUAAACCAGUGAUCAAUAGCUAAGAGGUACUUCAACAAUAUUGUAAUUCUGAGGCAAUACCCUCACAAGUCAAACUGAGAGGUCAGUUUAUAGGGAAAACUGUUGCCUGGAGGAAAUUCUAAAACAAUUUCCAUAUGUCCUUUGCAGACUUUACAUGCUGGAAAAACACAUGUGCCAACUGCUGUGGCUUUCUGCAGUGUGCAUACCGGCAAGGAGGGCAGCGUUGAGGAGUGGGUGGAAGAUGAUGUGGAGGAUGAUGAGGUCCUAGACCCCACAUGGAAUCAAAGUCAUGCGAGUGACGUGUGCAGUUUGGAGGAAGAGGCGCUGGUCGCACAGAGCCACCAACACAGCAUAAGAGGGAGCAGUGUGCAAAAGUGAAGUGGCCGUCCCCUAGCGCUCGUCGGCAUGUAUUAGCUUGAGAAUUACCAGUUAUCCAAGUAAUAUAUGUAGCGAUCAAAGGAUCCAUAAUAGACUUGAGCGAACUCGAACUGCAAAGUUCGGGUUCAUACCAGAUAUAACGAUCCAUUCAUAGUUUCACAGUCAGGUGGGCAGUCCAGUGACCAGAACCCAGACACUGCCUGGGCAGCGGUCGGAAUGACCGGGACCCAGUAUGCCUGAUGUUGAAGUUAGGAGUCACAGUGUGGAAUGGAUUAGCAGGGUCUGGUGCAGGGUAACCGCACGCCCCCUGGGGUUGAGCACCAGCGUUUGUGCGGCCACAUACCAGGACCCUGAUGCAGCUUCAGUAAAAAGAGUAAUGGAUACCAGAAGCCAUCACCAGACUGAUCUGCAACUUAGAACAGGAUGUGACAUUCACUGUAGCGGCUGUGCGAGCUUUUGGCAUUGUCACCCUGCUGCUGCUCGCCUGUCUGCGCUGCAGCGUAACUUCGGCCUUCCCGCUCACCGCCUCAUGAGACUGUGCGAGCAGCAGCAGGCGAUAGUGGAGUUUCAGCUGCAGCACACAUGGGUCAGUGGCUCUGCACCUGACUUCCCUCCAAUUGAUCAGAGUUAAAGGAUUUCAAGUGGACUCAUUACAAUUACAGGGCCUCUAAAGAGUCCUGUAUUGUUAUUUGUCGUCACUACCUUCCCGCGUCGGGAGUGGGUCAUUUGCGUGCCUGCUGCCUUCCUUGCAUGUGGUAGCAGUUUCUCAGGGUCCCUGUACAGAAUGGAACCUUGAUUCCCCAUUACCCGUGGUCACCAUGGUAGGCACAGAAACUGGCAUCGAAAGUUGAUAUGGAUGACAUCCGCAUGCCACGGGCAUGUGCGAUUUGCCCGAGGUUCUCUAGAGUAAACAAAGUUCCUGUGCAACUAUAAUGUCAAGAGAUACUCUGCGGAACAGAGUGGUCUUUUUUUAUAUGUCCCAAUAUUUUGGGGGCUACCUCAAUUAAAAAAAAAUAUAUAUAUAUAUAUAUAUAUAUAUAUAAACAGUGUUGGCUAGCUCAUCCUCCUCCUCUUCUACUGUCACUGCCUCCUCAAUCUAUGGGUCACUUAGUAUAAACUAGGUACACAUUAGCAGAGGCUUGUGAAGGCCUUUUCUCCAUGCAUCAGAAGUUGAGCAUUUCUCCAUGCAUCAGGACUGCAAGAAAUGCACCACAGGCCGCAAAUGUUUCUUUUUUUGUAUGUCCCAAUAUUUUGUGGGCUACCACAAUUAAAAAAAACAAAAAACAUAAAUAACAGUGUUGGCUACCUCAUCCUCCUCCUCUUCCACCGCCACGGUCACCGCCUCCUCAACCUAUGGGUCACUUAGUAUAAACUAGGUUCACAUUAGCAGAGGCUUGUGAAGGCAUUUUCUCCACGCAUCAGGAGUUGAGCAUUUCUCCAUGCAUCAGGACUGCAAGAAAUGCAUCGCAGACUGCAAAUGUUUCUUUUUUUGUAUGUCCCAAUAUUUUGUGGGCUACCACAAUUUAAAAAAAAACAUAAACAACAGUGUUUGCUACCUCAUCCUCCUCCUCUUCCACCGCCACAGUCACUGCCUCCUCAACCUAUGGGUCACUUAUUAAAAACUAGGUACACAUUAGGAGAGGCUUGUGAAGGCAUUUUCUCCAUGCAUCAGAGUCCUGUAUUGUUAUUUGUCGUCACGACCUUCCCGCGUCGGGAGUGGGUCAUUUGCGUGCCUGCUGCCUUCCUUGCAUGUGGUAGCAGUUUCUCAGGGUCCCUGUACGGAAUGGAACCCUGAUUCCCCGUUACCCGUGGUCACCAUGGUAGGCACAGAAACUGGCAUCGAAAGUUGAUAUGGAUGACAUCCGCAUGCCACGGGCAUGUGCGAUUUGCCCGAGGUUCUCUAGAGUAAACAAAGUUCAAGCGCAACUAUAAUGUCAACAGAUACUCUGCGGAACAGAGUGGUCUUUUUUUAUAUGUCCCAAUAUUUUGGGGGCUACCUUAAUUAAAAAAAAAUAUAUAUAUAUAUAUAUAUAUAUAUAAAGUGUUGGCUAGCUCAUCCUCCUCCUCUUCCACUGCCACGGUCACCGCCUCCUCAACCUAUGGGUCACUUAGUAUAAACUAGGUACACAUUAGCAGAGGCUUGUGAAGGCCUUUUCUCCAUGAAUCAGGAGUUGAGCAUUUCUCCAUGCAUCAGGACUGCAAGAAAUGCACCGCAGGCUGCAAAUGUUUCUUUUGUUGUAUGUCCCAAUAUUUUGUGGGCUACCACAGUUAAAAAAAAACAAACCAUAAAUAACAGUGUUUGCUACCUCAUCCUCCUCCUCUUCCACCGCCACAGUCACCGCCUCCUCAAUCUAUGGGUCACUUAGUAUAAACUAGGUACACAUUAGCAGAGGCUUGUGAAGGCAUUUUCUCCAUGCAUCAGGAGUUGAGCUCAGUUUGAACAGUGAAAGAGAAUACCCUGCACUCCAACCAUCUCUCAGAUGGAUAAUUCUGGUGAUCCUCCUGACAGCCAUGCUUCAGAUUUUGCUUUAUGUUCUUCCAAAGCUAAAAUCAAAGAUUCCAUCUAGUGCUAUUUUAUGGCUCAGCUGUAUUUUUUUAUUUUUAGGUAUUUUAUGUUAUUUUAAGUGAUUUCAAUAUCCACAUUUGUUUGCAGGGCACUUGUCCUACUCUUUUCCUCCAUUUUACUUCCUUUUGCAGCUCUCUAGCCCUUUCCAGGAGUUUUUUAGAGACAUUUUUGUGGCCAAUAGUUCGGGUCCCCAUUGACUUCAAUGGGGUUCAGGUUCAGGGUCAAGUUCGGGGUCAAGUUCGAGCCUGAACCCGAUCUUUUUUUCAAAGUUCGGCAGAACCAGCCGGACCCGAACAUCCAGGUGUCCGCUCAACUCUAGUCCCUUUUAUAAAAAAUACAUCUCUUGCACUACAACUCCAAGACUAUACACAAUAAAGUGUAGCAGCCCUGUGGCAGUUAAGGGUUACUUUUUUUAUUUUUAUUUGAGCUUUUCACAAGGUAUACAGAUAAAAGUUGCUAAUCGCAACAUGGAAACAUCAUAACAAUUUAAGCAAUAUUAGCACAAGUUCGCUAUUCAACUCUAAGUGAAGUCACAAUUUUUACAGUGCUGCCUUUCUUGGGUAACCGCAAGGCACAGUAAACCUUUUUUUUUACACAAUGUCCAAAGAAUGAAGAAGAAAACAAAACCAGGAAUAUUAGAAACAGAAACAUCACAUAAACCAUCACCCUAGUUACUUGUUGUUGUGGAAUCACAGUGCUCGACGUCAAUCCACAGUCAUGGUAUGAUACGGCAUAUGGAUCCAUGCAACCUUCGCAGGUAACCUAAUUGCAUAUAACUCCAUCAAUCCCCACACACCCAAGGCACCUUGCAUAAUAUCUGGUUACUUUCUUUUAACCAGUUCUAAAAAAUCAAGUGUCUUUCAUUUCAGCCUACUUUGCGUAGCUUACAUUUAUUUUCCACAAGACUAAUAUAACACUUGUUUUGUAUGGUACUUGUCUUAAUCAUUAUUAAAUAAACAACAUUAUUUUGCAGUCUCCAUGCCCUAAUGAAUUUUGUAUUAAAUUUUUCUCCCUAGAUUUUAAUAGAGAGAUUCCCUCUAAUUUUUAUCAUUAACCUCAUCAUCCCAGCCUGCUUCAUGAUUGCUGUUGAUGUAUUUAGUAUGUUCAUGAGUUCGUAUAGUGAGAGGCUAAAGUUCAAAAUCACUGGGCUCUUAGGAUUCUCGGUGCUUUUGACGAUUCUGAAUGACAUGCUCCCUAAUUCUGACAGUCCACCAAUUUUGGGUAUGUAUCAAUUUAUGCUGUAAAUGUUUUGCCAUUUAGUAUUACUUUUUUUAAUUGAAAUAAUUGUGAUGUUCAGAUGGUCAAUAUUUUUCCUUUUCUCUCACCUUCAUAAGAAAAAUUCAACAAGAAAAUAAAUUGGAUGCCCUCCCCCUCCGCCCUAGACACACAUACCCUGACUGUAAUUUCAGCCUCCAUGUACAUUUUCCCUGAAAAGGCAGUGUUUACAUUAAAAUACAUGUAGCAUCUGACUAUAGACACCAGACAAUGACAUUAAGCUGUACAGAACAGAACAGUGCUGUAAUAAUUAAACCUUUUUUUUUGUGGAGGCUAUGUAAGUCACAGCUAGGGGAGGUGUGGCUAUGGUUACAUGUAUGUAUGUAGUGGGCAUUGGAUGAGAUAUUCCCCUCAAACCAACCAUGAAUUCCCCAAAUAACGACAGACACUAAAACUUGGAUAACAGGCCAGAGCAUUUAUUAAAACAUCCAAAUAGUGUAUAACGCAUUCAAACAUAUAAAACUGUACAUAAUAAAACGAUCAUAAAUUAACAUAUAAAUUACGUGCAUCAUGUCAUACAUUAUGUCCCCUGAAUGUAAUCAAAAACAUCCUUGCCAAUCUAACUCACCCCUUCCAAAAAGGCUCUUACCUCCCCCCUCGGCAUAAUACAUUCCUCUUCCCUUUUGGGCUCCCACCAGCCAGCUUUUAGCUCGGUGGGGACACGUCCAACCUGGUACCCCUUAGGUUUCACCAUAAGAGACAGGGGAGGAUGAGACCUGGCCAUUAUCCCCUUACUCAUCUACCUGCAAGCUAUCUCCCACCCUAUUUGGCAAGGACAUGUCCCCUGCCAUAAACCCCUCUGUUUGACGCCUAAAAUCAGUGGGGGGCGGCCUGUUCCACCGCCUCCUGGAUCGCCAAAUUAAUGAGGUCGAGCCAGACCUCAGUCAAAUGUACCCCAUCCGGUCAAAAUAAAUUUGCCACCUCCUUCUCAAAGACCUGAUGAUGAAUAGGGAUACCCUUAACCCCCACGACAAACAUUGAAACCCACCUAUUGAACUUCUUGUGGAAACACUCCAGCACACUUUGGCUGUGGGCCUGCUGCCAAUAGAUCCUAGCCACUACUUUGAUUAUACAGACAUCAGGGAACAACAUCAAUAUCUGGGACAAGUCCCUUUUGACCAUGUCCACCAAACCCCUAACCGGCACGGUCCCCAGGUCAUUGACCCCCAAUAUGGAUGACCAAAACAGAUGGCACCACUAGCAGACAAGAGAGCCUGACCAAUUCCGGCAGGAGCCGGAUCCACCUCAUGCCCCUGGCACUGAACCACUGAACCUCUGUGGUUGAAAGCGUAAAACCGAGAAGCUCCCUUCCCAGCCGGACUGCUGCUCGCUGCCAUGCCCUGUGGAUGCAGUGGAGUGCCCAAUCAACCAGACCCUGGGGGGAACCGAACCUGAGGAGGAAAAACAUUUAGUUUAGCAGACCCCCUGGAAUCCCACCUCCCUAUGCUUUGCACCUCUUGACCUGGCAUACCAAGUCGAGAAGCCUCCGUCAUGGCGCAACUUCGAAAAGAGUGCCCAUUAAACGCCACACCCUCCAUGCCCAACGAAAAUGGGGCCAGACAGUGCAGGGCGAACCCCGCAACAAUUCUGAAAAGACAAGAAUGGGUAGGUGGCCAACCCCACUUACUCUUUACGAACACGUCAGUCUUGGAGCAGCGAAUCUUAAAGGAUACCCGGUCCUGCCCCUCCUGAACAUCAGACAAAAGGAACCCCCAACAGCCAAUCUGUUCGGACACACCAACUCCCCAAUCCUCAUGGCCCCAAAGAAUGCGAACGAAAAGGCGAGGCGAAACAGCCGCACCUCAAAGUCUGAGAAAUACACCUGCGGGAGCACCUGGCACAACUGUGCCAGGAGGGCACCUGGUACCGGCCUUCUAGAAUCCACAGAGACCUGACCCCUGCGCAGACCCUUAACUGCUUGCUGCACCAGAAACUCCUUGGUCUCAUCCCUCCAGCCAUAAAAUGUAAACAGAAACAAGAAGCUAAGGCACGUCACCGGCACCGUCGUAUCACUCCGAAGCAGCCAAACAACCUUCCCACCGUGUCGAGCAAGAUUCGACAUGACGGGGAAUUCACGGGUCCCACACACUGAAAGUCGUCGAGAUAGUGCAGCAGCGAGUUGUUCCCCGACUUCAGCCACACCACCCACUCCAGAAGACUGCUGAAGCAUUCAAAGUAAAAACAGGAUAUGGAACAACCCAUUGGGAGGCACAUAUGCACGUAAUACCGGCCAUCGAAAACACAACCAAGAAGGUGCAGUGGCAGAGCACAGACAAUAAGCAAAAUGCUGAUUCAACGUCCACCUUUGCCAGCAAUACCCAGGGUGCACCGUCCUGAUCAUGCAAACAGCAGCAUCGAAUGAAGCGUAAGACACCCGACACAGGUCCUGAGAGAUAGCAUCAUUCACGAACCCCCCUGAGGGUCCGACAAAUGUUGAAUUAGGCUAAAUUUCCCCGCCUCCUUCUUGGGCACCACGCCCAAGGGGGACACCAAAAGGGACAUCAAAUGGCCCCACCAAACGCCCCAGCGGUACCUUCUCUGGAGCUUGUCCAGGACCACCUCAAGAAAGUCCUGCACCGAUUUCAAGUUCCGAACUACCCCUGAGGGCCCCUGAGGACAGGCACUCCGAGAAGGGAAUCAAGAACACAUGUACAAACCCUUCCAUAACUAAUCCUGCUGUCCGACGGUUUCUAUAACGGUUGAGCGAGGGGGGCAUCUCUUUUACCACCACCGACGCCCUUAGCUCCCAGAUCGCCCUUGUUCCCUGGCUUAAAACAGCGCAAGACCGAGUGGAAGCAUUCGUGUUUAUACCAGCACGUCGCACCCCACUUGCACUGACUGUCACUGAACUUCCAACAACAGCCUGGUCGCUGAUGUGUGGCCGAUGGGACGGAGCCGCCCCUCCACUGGUUCCCCCAAGAAAGGAAGACAUUCCCCCUUGGUGUGCUAAUGAAUUCAUACACAGACUGCUGUAUACAAAGACUGCUGAAUACACACACAUAAAGACUGCUAAAUACAUACACACAAAGACUAAACUCACACACAAAGACUGAACUCACACACAAAGACUGCUGGAUACACACACAGACUGCUGAAUACACACACAGACUGCAGUGAUGAGGGAUGGAGUGUGUACUUGAGGGUUGUAGUGUGUGUGUGUUUGUAUAAGGGGUGCAAUGUGUGAGGGGGUGAUGAGAGAGCAAAAAUGUAUAUAUUUAUUGAAAAGAAAAAAGGCAUUAUGUCCCCCCAACCCUUCUUCUUACUUACAGCUGCAGGCUGCCUUUACUCCUCCCACGAGCUGAGCAAUCUGUGUCGGAGCACUGCCAUGGUGACACGCAGCAAUUCUCCGACCUGCCUGCUUGCGGAAGGAACCCACAGCCUCCCAGGUCCUCCUCACCCCUGAAACUUGUUUGUUGGCCGGUGAGGGAGAUCUUUGAUCUCCCCACCAGACCAAGAAAGCAGAUAGUGAGAUUGGCUCUGCAUAGACCAGCGUGGGAGAUUAAAUGUUGUCCUUGCAUCCCGCUUGGGUCCCUAUAUUUGUGGGGGCCCCAGGCAACUGCCCGGAGAGCCUAUGUAGAACAACUCUCCAAAAUGCAGCAAAAUUAAAUUGUAAGUAGUUUUGUUUUUUUGUUGUUGUGUUUUUUUAUGAUGAGUGAUUUAUGGAAUUUUCCUCUUACAAAUGUAUUUCCUUUCCUCUUAUGUCCCUCCAUGUGAUGUUGCGUCUUGUGAUGUCACAUACUGUGAUGUCACACAUAUUAAUAAUUCAAAUUAGUAUUGGCGGUAUUUUUUUCAAGGCAACCCCAGAGACAUACAGAGACAUAAAGAGGGUAGAUAUGCAUGUACUAGGCUGUGUCUAUAAGAGGAGUGUGUGGGGUUAUUUGUGUAUAUGUAAUAUGUAUCUCUAACAGGGUUAAACACUAAAGUGAGAUUUCAAAGUGAAUUUCUAAUUUAUGGCCAAACUUACAUUUUUCCUGGAUACUCCAGGCCAGAUGGCAGAACAGAUCAGAGGGAGGGGAAUCAGAUUGUGUAUGGGAUCCUGCACUACAUUUCUACCAGUGUAUAGGGCUAUUGCUACCAUAUGGCACACCGGCUCAAGGGCGCAGUAUCUGACUGAACGGCAGGAGGGAAGUGUACUGCACAACACUCCCUUCCUGCCAAUCUCUGUAUGUAGUGUGGCCGAGCUACUGACAGCACCAAAGUGCUUCCUGUAAGACCGGGGAGAGGGAAACAAGCUUCUCUCCCGCAGUCCAUGCUUGGUUACGGUACACAGGAGUAGGAAAGUAGGAAGGUAAGCAGGUAAGACUUAUGGGGAAUGGAGAAGAUGAAAUGAGACACAUGGGGUCUGGCGGAAUGAGACACAUGGAGGGGCUUGGGAAAUGAGACACAUGGGGGGACUGCGGACUGAGACACAUGGUGGACUGGGGAAUGAGACACAUGGGGACACUGAGGGAUUGAAGCACAUGGGGACACUGGGAGGUUGAGACACAUGGGAACACUGUGGGAUUUAGACACAUGGUGACACUGGGGGAUUGAGACACAUGGAGACAUUGGAGGAUUGAGGCCCAAGGGGGCUAGGGGAAUGAGACACAUGGGAGGGCUGGGGGAAUGAGACACAUAGGGUGCUGGGGAAUUGAGACACAUGAGGACACCACAUGGGGGGACUGGGGAAUUGAGACACAUGGGGAUGCCACAUGAGGGAUUGAGACACAUGGGGACACUGGGGGGAUGAGAUGCAUGGGGACACUGGAGGAAUUGAGACACAUGGGGGACUGGGGAUUGAGACCCAUGGGGGGGACUAGGGGAAUGAGACACAUGAUGGGACUGGGGGAAUGAGACACAUGAGGGUCUGAGGGAAUGAGACAUAUGGGUGGCUGGGUAAUGAGACACAUGGGUACACUGGGAGUAUUGAGACACUUAUGCAGACUGGGGGAUUAAGACAUAUGAGUACUGGGGGACUGAGACACAAGGGAGGACUGGGGUAUCGAUACACAUGAGGGGACUGGGGGCUCGAGACACAUGGGAGGACUGAGAGAUCAAGACACAUGGGGAGCUGUGGGAUAGAGACACAUGGGGUGACUGUAGGAAUGAGACACAUGGGGGGGCUGGGGGCUUGAGAUACAUGGGGGACUGAGGGAUCGUGACACAUGGGGAGCUGGGGGAUCGAGACACAUGGGGUGACUUAUGAAUGAGACACAUGGGGGUGACUGUGGAAAUGCGACACAUGGGAUUAACUGGGGGACUGAGACACUGGGGGAGAUGAGAUACAUGGCGGGGCUGGGGCACACACAAAGUGACAAAUAGAGGCUGGUGGAGAAAGAGAUAUGGUGCUGUGGGGAAGAGACAUACAAAUGGGACUGUGGAGAGAAAGAGACACACAGAGAGGCUGGGCAGGUUGGGAAACAAGCCACAGAGGGUCUGGGGAAGGGGCAAAAGAGACCAAUAGAGACUAGGGAAUGGGGCAAAAAAAUCAGAUAGGGGCUGGGGGGUGACACCCAGAGGUUCUAGGGGGACACAGAGACACACAGAGAGGUUGGGAAAGAGACACACAAAGAGACUGGAGGAAGAAUGAGACAGACAAAGGGGCUGGGGUAGAAAGAAACUCCCAACAGGGCUGGGGGAGAAAGAGACACACAAAGUGGCUGGAAUUAGAAAGAGACACACAACGGGGUUGGUGUAAAAAGAGACACGCAAGUGGGUUGGGCUAGAAAGAGACACACAAAGGGGCUGGAGGAAAGCAAGAAACACAAAGGAUGAGGUGUAAGAGACACAAAGGGAAAUAAUGGGGGAUAAGAUAUACUAAAGAGGAGUGUUAGACAAAAACGGGAGGAUAAGAAACACAAAAGGUGUAAGAAAUUCAAGAGGGGUAAUUAAGGGACACAUAGGUGACAAUGCAUUUUUUUUUUUUUAUCCUUGCACCGGUCCUACUAGUGUAUAUGACUCCAUGUGCAUAUUUGGAAUUUAAAUAAGUAGCACAUUGAUCCAUGUCACUGUCAUCAUUGUCAUACAUACAGAUUGAGCACUGCUAGUUCAGUCUGAAUACUGUCAGAUUAGCUAUUGCUGCCGAUCGGUGCUGUUAAGAGGUAAUUCUGUUCGGCUGUGAGAGCUUGGGCUGAUUAGAACAAACUAUGUGUAAUUGCAUACACUACCAGCAAUAGUAUCGUGUAUGUAUAUAGAAGGAAUAUUUUUGAUGUUACUGGAGCUUAGUCUCUUGCCAAUCUGAAUAGGAGUUAAAUCAUUUUUGUUUCAGUUUAUGCAGUCGUCGCCACACCUCCCCUGGAUGUGACUGACACAGCAUGCAUGAAAAAAAAAAAUGGUUACAUUUUUAAUCAGUUCAAUAAAUUCUUAUCCACUGCACUGUUAAUUGAAUUUCAAUCAAACAUGAAGGGCUGCUGAAGGCAUAACAGGAGACAUAAAAUAACAGGAGACAAUUCUAAAAUAAACACUCUGUGCAGUCAGGAUAGCUAAAAAAAUAGACUCUUUUCAGGAAGUGUGUAGGGAGGCUGUGUAAAUCUCAACCAGGGGAGAUGUGGCUAGAGCUGUAUAAAUAACGUGAUUUAACUUCAAAAUGACAUUGAGUUAAACGGGGAUAUUGCAGUUUCGUGAUCUAUACACCAUAACCACUACAUUAAGCUAAAGUUACAUUAAGCUGAAAGAUGCUCAAGUUAUAUUGGUGUUUAGAGUGUCCCUUUAAUGAUCAUAAAAUGGGUUUUAGCGGUUAUAUGUUAGUGUCUGCAAACGAGAUAAAACUAGGUAAGGCAAUACAGUCUGAAAAGAAUAUUACUUCUCGCAACAAGCUAAAUAUGUUUUUGAUUCUUAGAGUGUCCCUAUAACACCAAAGUAGCAAAAAUGAAAGUAUAACUGACUUGAUUAAUUUGUUCCAGUUUGGCUAUUUUGUCCUUAUAUUUGAAAUUCACAUUCCCAAAAAUGAUCACUUUAGUGAAUAACUCUGUCUGUGAAGAAAGGGUUUUGUGGGUAUAUUUUUUCAAAUAUAAAUCUUCUCUCUUUUCUACACAGGUAUAUUCUGCUGUGUAUGCAUGGCACUGAUGAUUUUCAGUAUAGCUGGCUGUGUGGGUAACGCCUACAUGAUGGACCUAUCUUUAAAAGAGAAACAUGUCCCUCAAUGGAUGAAAACGUUAAUUCUGCACCGUUUAGCAAGUAUACUGUACAUGAAGCCAAAUGCAGUAGAGAGCAAUCAAGUCACAGUCGUCAUAGAGAAUACAGGUGAGUUUAGGCAAAGAAAAGGUGUUAGUAUUAGAACUCUUGAGGUUCAAUGUUACCAGAGUACCAGAGUUUAGGAUAUAAAAGUGGACUAGCACAUGUUAAACUCCUAGAUUCUUACAAACAAAGCUUCUUCAGGCUGCAAAGAGUGGUUCCAGGCCAAAAUCAAAACUGUCAGGAAAUCAAAGCCAAGUGAGAGGGAAAUAAAUAUUAAGUAGCAUAAAUGUAGACUAGCAUAAGCCAAGACCUCAUACACCAUGGCUUGACAAAUUCUGUAGUCAGACAGGUGAGGGACCUGUGUACUUCCUACUCUGCUUCUUCACAUGCCGCUUAAUGAGGCUGAGGUUGAGUGAUGUCAUAUUCUGGCUCCAGCCUCACUAAGCGGUGCGCGAGGGAGCAGAGUAUAAAGAUCACAACUCCUUCGCAGCCUGCCUACAGAACUAGCAGCCAGUCGACAGCCCAUCCCAGAGGGAAAGAGCUCACAAAUCCCAGGAUUUUGGUCUUUGUCGAGCCCUGUCAUACACAAUGUUAUUUUUCCAUUUAUUAAUUCUUUUUGAUUGCAGAUUCCCAUGAAACAAAUAAAGAAGGGAUUCAUGAGAAAAUGCUAAAUAGUUUGAAGAAGGAUUCACAAAAAAUAAAAAUCAGUCUGGAGGCAGAGAUACUAAUGAAGAUAUUGACAGAGAUUGAUAACAUUCGAGAAAACUCCAGGAAGCCUAGAGGCCCAUUCAAUAAGGAGUCUGAGUGGUACUUUGCAGCAUUGGUAGUGGAUCGCAUUAUAUUCAUUGUUUAUCUUAUCUUAGUAAUUACUAUAUUUCUCAUUAUGAUUAUUUCAUGGGCACAGUGAAUUAAAAGGAAGACAGAAUUUACGCAAGGCAUCCAAUUACAAACCAGACAUUUUACCUUAAAUAAACAAUAUAGUGUUAGGAAUACAAACAUGUAUUCCUGACACUAUAGUGCUGGAAUGGCUGUUUAGUUCCUGAGCCCACCUCUGAUUGCAGUGAGAAGAUUUUUAACUGCGUCGCCAGUAUCGCCACAAUUGGCCCCCACCUCUAUGACUGAGAUCGGCAAUCUUGAUCAUCAAUCACACUGAGCAUCUCUGAACUGCAAAUUUUAGUUUUAAAACCCUAAUUCAUUUUUUUGCAAUUAAAAUCCUAGACAUAUAUAUAUAUACAAUCAAGACUAAGUGAAUAUAUAUUGUUAAUUGUCUUUAGCUGAACUUGUUGU